AUGGUGGUGUCCCUUCUUUCUGCUCGCCAGACCCUCUCUUGUUUACUCUAUUAACACAAAAGGUACCUGACUUCUCUUGUCUUUCUCUCUCUCUCUAUCUCUCCAUCCCUCCAUCCAUCCGUGUGUCUGCAGCCCAUAGAUUACGAGGGUUUCCAGCUCUUCAUGGCCACCUACCUGGAGAACGACAUCCCUGAGGAGCUGUGUCAGCACCUGUUCACCUCCUUCAAGAGCAAGACAGGGGGCUGCUCUCCUGAGGUGCCCCGAGCAGGAGUAGGACUGCUGGGUAAGUAGUGUCCUACCUCACCCUGGUGGUCACUCAUUCCGGCUAGGACUGUUUUAAAAUGUUUCUCAAUGUUUUCUCCCUACUGAACAUGACCAGGGUAGAUAUCAACAUAGUCUUUCCUGGCUCUCAGAAGUAGUUGCAUUUGAACUGGGGUUGAUUGAGUAUCUGGUUCUUGUUGAAUUAAUGGAUGGAGUUAGGCUAAAUUGUUGGUACAGAUGUAGCACCUUAAUUUGAUCACUCUUUUGUUGCUGAGAAUUUUCCUGCACUACAGGAAAUGCAGAUGAGCUUCGUGAUUUACAUAAAUUCAUUGAAAAUCCACACUAACUAACACACAGUUGGAGGAUUUGCUGUGACAAUAUAGGUCAAAUUAACAUCCAACAUUUGUAAAAUACUGUAUGUAUUGGCCAAAUUAGAUUCCCUCUCAGGUUAACCCUGGUCUCAGAGAGCGUUUCCUUCUGCUACAGAUUUGCCACUGAACAAAAAAUCUCAAACACUUUCCAAACACACAAUGCAAACACUGCCCGAUGGUGCUGGAGUUGUCACAGACACGGACAUCUUUAGGGUGGUUUACUUCCACUGUUCCUCACUACUGAGCAGCUGAACACUGGUGGACAGAUUAGAGGAUUCUAACCCCUCUCCAAAUGGAGGGAUGGGAUGGAGAGAUUUGCGUCCAAGCCCACCCAACCAUCUGAAAGGGAGGGAGAGAGGGAGAGCGGGAGAGAGGGAGGGAUUGGCGUGUUAUUCCUCCUGUGGCUCCUCCAUUGGGAUCAGAUGUGGAGAAGAAGAAGAAAAAGCAAUGCAGCCUACACUGCCAUCUGGUGGUUCUCGACUAACCUCUUUGAGGAUGUCCUCUCUCUCUCUCUCUCUCGUCACAUCAUGGUUUUAUUGUUCAGGACAAGAGAGGCUUGUGCUGCCUUGCCUGAAUCAAUCUCCUAGUCCCCAACCAAAAGAGACAGUUUUGUUGUGUGUCUCUAGUCAUUGAAACACUAGCCUGCUCCUUUAGACUCCCUCUUUGCUAUCUUAUAUUGCUUUAUAAAAUCUCUUCUCUUUAAAAUGUCACCAGAUUCAUUGUGUUUUUACAGACAGGCAUAUAAGCUAACUAGAUUUUUACGACAUUUUAUUAUAGAGUUUCAUUGAAUUGGAAAUGUACUGAAUUUUGCCUUGGCUAUGAAUAGAAUCCACCCUCACAUUGCCAGACAAUUCUAAAUAUACAGUGGGGAGAACAGGUAUUUGAUACACUGCCGAUUUUGCAGGUUUUCCUACUUACAAAGCAUGUAGAGGUCUGUAAUUUUUAUCAUAGGUACACUUCAACUGUGAGAGAUGGAACCUAAAAAAAAUCCAGAAAAUCACAUUGUAUGAUUUUUAAGUAAUUAAUUUGCAUUUUAUUGCAUGACAUAAGUAUUUGAUACAUCAGAAAAGCAGAACUUAAUAUUUGGUACAGAAACCUUUGUUUGCUAUUAUAGAGAUCAUGCGUUUCCUGUAGGUCUUGACGAGGUCUGCACACACUGCAGCAGGGAUUUUGGCCCACUCCUCCAUACAGACCUUCUCCAGAUCCUUCAGGUUUCGGAGCUGUCGCUGGGCAAUACGGACUUUCAGCUCCCUCCAAAGAUUUUCUAUUGGGUUCAGGUCUGGAGACUGGCUAGGCCACUCCAGGACCUUGAGAUACUUCUUACGGAGCCACUCCUUAGUUGCCCUAGCUGUGUGUUUCGUGUCGUUGUCAUGCUGGAAGACCCAUUCACGACCCAUCUUCAAUGCUCUUACUGAGGGAAGGAGGUUGUUGGCCAAGAUCUCGCAAUACAUGGCCCCAUCCAUCCUCCCCUCAAUACGGUGCAGUCGUCCUGUCCCCUUUGCAGAAAAGCAUCCCUAAAGAAAAAUGUUUCCACCUCCAUGCUUCACGGUUGGGAUGGUGUUCUUGCGGUUGUACUCAUCCUUCUUCUUCCUCCAAACACGACGAGUGGAGUUUAGACCAAAAAGCUAUAUUUUUGUCUCAUCAGACCACAUGACCUUCUCCCAUUCCUCCUCUGGAUCAUCCAGAUGGUCAUUGGGAAACUUCAGACGGGCCUGGACAUGCGCUGGCUUGAGCAGGGGGACCUUGCGUGCGCUGCAGGAUUUUAAUCCAUGACGGCGUAAUGUGUUACUAAUGGUUUUCUUUGAGACUGUGGUCCCAGCUCUCUUCAGGUCAUUGACCAGGUCCUGCCGUGUAGUUCUGGGCUGAUCCCUCACCUUCCUCAUGAUCAUUGAUGCCCCACGAGGUGAGAUCUUGCAUGGAGCCCUAGACCGAGGGUGAUUGACCGUCAUCUUGAACUUCUUCCAUUUUCUAAUAAUUGCGCAAACAGUUGUUUCCUUCUCACCAAGCUGCUUGCCUAUUGUCCUGUAGCCCAUCCCAGCCUUGUGCAGGUCUACAAUUUUAUCUCUGAUGUCCUUACACAGCUCUCUGAUCUUGGCCAUUGUGGAGAGGUUGGAGUCUGUUUGAUUGAGUGUGUGGACAGGUGUCUUUUAUACAGGUAACGAGUUCAAACAGGUGCAGUUAAUACAGGUAAUGAGUGGAGAACAGGAGGGCUUCUUAAAGAAAAACGAACAGGUCUGUGAGAGCCGGAAUUCUUACUGGUUGGUAGGUGAUCACAUACUUAUGUCAUGCAAUAAAAUGCAAAUUAAUUACUUAAAAAUCAUACAAUGUGAUUUUCUGGAUUUUUGUUUUAGAUUCCGUCUCUCACAGUUGAAGUGUACCUAUGAUAAAAAAUUACAGACCUCUACAUGCUUUGUAAGAGGAAAACCUGCAAAAUCGGCAGUGUAUCAAAUACUUGUUCUCCCCACUGUAUCUCCUUCUCCUUCCCCUUUAACACAGUCUAUAUCACACUCCUUCUAGUGCAAUUCUCUCACCUCCUCUCUUUCACAUGCUCUCACUUUCUCUGUCUUGCUUUUCUUUCUCUGCUGUGUCUGCAGAGCCGCGAUCCAUUGAUGCAGGUAUCUCUAUACAGACUGAAGUGGCCUGUGCCCCCAUAACAGGUACCACUACCACUGCAGGACAACAGGACAAUGUUUAGAUAUCCCUACUAAGACUCACGGGCCAGCUACUGUAACCAUCUCCCUCACCAGUGUUUGGUUGUGACUUGUGAUCAGUGUUUUGGCGCAGGUGACAUGUGGUAGUAGUACUGUGUACCGUGGCUCUGUGGAAUUGCGUUUAUUGUAAACUGUUGUUUUGUAUGUGGAAUAUACAGUGCAUUCAGAAAGUAUUCAGACCCCUUGACUUUUUCCACAUUGUCUUACGUUACAGCGUUAUUCUAAAAAUGAUUACAUUAAUUUUUUUCCUCAUCAAUCUACACACAACACCCCAUAAUGACAAAUGUAUUUUAAAUAAAAAACAGAAAUACUUUAGUUACAUAAAUAUUCAGACCCUUUGCUGUGAGACUCGUAAUUGAGCUCAGGUGCAUCCUGUUUCCAUUGAUCAUUCUUUCUACAACUUAAUUGGAGUCCACCUGUGGUAAAUUAAAUUGAUUGGACAUUAUUUGGAAAGGCACACACCUGUCUAUAUAAGGUCCCACAGUUGACAGUGCAGUCAGAGCAAAAACCAAGCCAUGAGGUCAAAGGAAUUGUCUGUAGAGCUCAGAGACAGGAUUGUGUCGAGGCACAGAUCUGGGGAAGGGUACCAAAACAUUUCUGCAGCAUUGAAGGUCCCCAAGAACACAGUGGCCUCCAUCAUACUUAAAUGGAAGAAGUUUGGAACCACCAAGACUCUUCCUAGAGCUGGCCACCCGGCCAAACUGAGCAAUCGGGGGAGAAGGGCCUUGGUCAGAGAGGUGACCAAGAAACCGAUGGUCACUCUGACAGAGCUCCAGAGUUCCUCUGUGGAGAUCGGACAACCUUCCAGAAGGACAACCAUCUCUGCAGCACUCCACCAAUCAGGCCUUUAUGGUAGAGUGGCCAGAUGGUAGCCACUCCUCAGUAAAAGGCACAUGACAGCCCACUUGGAGUUUUCCAAAAGGCACCUUAAGGACUCUCAGACCAUGAGAAACAAGAUUAUCUGGUCUGAUGAAACCAAGAUUGAACUCUUUGGCCUGAAUGCCAAGCGUCACGUCUGAAGGAAACCUGGUCCCAUCCCUACGGUGAAGCAUGGUGGUGGCAGCAUCAUGCUGUGGGGAUAUUAUUCAGUGGCAGGGACUGGGAGACUAGUCAGGAUUGAGGGAAAGAUGAACGGAGCAAAGUACAGAGAGACCCUUGAUGAAAACCUGCUCCACAGUGCUCAGGACCUCAGACUGAGGUGAAGGUUCACCUUCCAACAGGACAACGACCCUAAGCACACAGCCAAGACAACGCAAGAGUUGCUUCGGGACAAGUCUCUGAAUGUCCUUGAGUGGCCCAGCCAGAGCCCGGACUUGAACCCGAUCAAACAUCUCUGGAGAGGACUGAAAAUGGCUGUGCAGCAACACUCCCCAUCCAACCUGACAGAGCUUGAGAGGAUCUGCAGAGAAGAAUGGUAGAAACUCCCCAAAUACAGGUGUGCCAAGCUUGUAGCGUCAUACCCAAGAAGACUUGAGGCUGUAAUCGCUGCCAAUGGUGCUUCAACAAAGUACAGAGUAAAGGGUCUGAAUACUUACGUAAAAAUAAUAUGUCCACAUUUUAUUUUUUAUACAUUUGCAGAAAUUUUAUAAAAACCUGUUUUUACUUUGUCAUAAAAACCUGUUUUUGCUUUGUCAUGAUGGGGUGUUGUGUGUAGAUUGAUGAGAAAAAAAUUAUAUUUAAUCCAUUUUAGAAUAAGGCUGUAACGUAACAAUGUGGAAAAAGUCAAGGGAUCUAAAUACUUUCCGAAUGCACUGUAUCUCACUUGUUUUGUCUAUUAUUGUUGUGAAAAAGAGAAAGACAAUUCAGUUGUUGGUUUUUGUGAAAUACUGAGUUUUCUCUUUGUCAGUUUGAUUCUCUGUUCAUGGCCCUUGAUUGGAAAGUGAGUCAGCUUUAUUUUCUGUUCAUCCUCAAUGCUGAAUGUCUGCUUUCAUAAACACAACUGUUUGGAAAGUAACCAUUUCACUGCCUACCUAUUCUGUCUUUCCUGAAAUCCUAUUUUCUCCCUCCUCUCUGUCUUCUAGGAAUGAAUGGGAAGAGCAUCCUGACAGCCAUGGGUCGACCCAUGCCGGAGCCUUCCACUGUGAUGGCCUCAUGUUCAGGUGUCGUAUCCACCUCUCCCUGCUCCUCUCGUUCCUCCUCAAAGCGCUCUGGGACAUGGGCCAAUACGCCCGGGGUGCCCUACCGCACACCUGCCUGCACCCAGGCCAAACCCUCCACAGGCAGCAGUAGUAACGCCCUGACCCCCACCCCAGCCAAGUCCCCAGCCUCCCCUCGCCUCUCCCCAGGUAAACACCUUGUUCAGGUGCUGUAGCAAAUUAUGCUGUUUUACUGGAAAAGUUGUAACGCAUGCUGUAUUAGGCUGCCGUAUUAGACUGCCGUAUUAGACUGCCGUAUUAGGCUGCCUUAUUAGACUGCCGUAUUAGACUGCCGUAUUAGACUGCCGUAUUAGGCUGCCGUAUUAGACUGCCGUAUUAGACUGCCUUAUUAGACUGCCGUAUUAGGCUGCCAGAUUAGACUGCCGUAUUAGGCUGCCAGAUUAGACUGCCUUAUUAGACUGCCGUAUUAGGCUGCUGUAUUAGACUGCCGUAUUAGACUGCUGUAUUAGGCUGCCAUGUUAGACUGUUGUAUUAGACUGCCGUAUUAGACUGCCGUAUUAGUCUGCCUGAUUAGACUGCCUUAUUAGACUGCCUUAUUAGGCUGCCGUAUUAGGCUGCCGUAUUAGACUGCCGUAUUAGACUGCCGUAUUAGACUACCGUAUUAGACUGCCGUAUUAGACUGCCAUAUUAGACUGCUGUAUUACUGUUGUAUUAGACUGCCGUAUUAGACUGCCGUAUUAGACUGCCGUAUUAGACUGCUGUAUUACUGUUGUAUUAGACUGCCAUAUUAGACUGCCGUAUUAGACUGUUGUAUUAGACUGCCGUAUUAGACUGCUGCAUUAGACUGCCGUAUUAGACUGCCGUAUUAGACUGCUGUAUUAGACUGCCGUAUUAGACUGCUGCAUUAGACUGCCGUAUUAGACUGCCGUAUUAGACUGCCGUAUUAGACUGCCAUAUUAGACUGCCGUAUUAGACUGCCGUAUUAGACUGCUGUAUUAGACUGCCGUAUUAGACUGCUGUAUUAGACUGCCGUAUUAGACUGCUGUAUUAGACUAUGAAUUCCAGUGAUAUCAAUGUUACUGCACUGUCAUGCCUGGGACAUUACUAAUGCCACAACAAAUAACUCCCUCUACAAAUUCUACUGAUUUUCACUCAUAGCAAGGCAUUUUAGCAGUUUGAUAAAGUGUGGCUAUAAUGCCUGAGCUGUGGCCAUUGGUGUCUGUUAGUUCAAUACUUUGUAAAGAAGGCGAAUGUAGGGCAUGUGUACUGAUAGCUACCUCAGCUAUACCAACUUUACACAGGGAUGAGAUUAAUUAGAUUUGUUUUACAUGUGGCUAUCACAUCAUAUCACCAUAUCAAUAUCACCAUAUCAAUAUCACCUUCUCAAUAUCACCAUAUGAAUAUCACCAUAUCAAUAUCACCAUAUCAAUAUCACCAUAUUAGUAUAACAUAUUAAUAUCAACAUAUCAAUAUCACCAUAUCAAUAUCACCAUAUCACCAUAUCCAUAUCACAUCACAAUUUGCCAUGUUGCUUAGUAAUGCUUGUGGUCAUUACUGUAUGACAUCACCAUCUCUCAUGGAUACCCCUUGUUCCAUUCCUCUCCCACAGAGAGAAUCAUAGUGGAGAAGAGGUGGAGCCCGUCCCCCUUACCUUCCCCCCAGGUGGUGUUUCUGAAGGACAUCGUGUGUUACCUGUCCCUACUGGAGAGGGGCACACCAGAGGACAAGCUGGAGUGUGAGUUACAGCGUCUAAUUACUAGUGUGUAAACAACCAAGGUAUUUGAGAGAGGUCGGUCAUGUAGAGGAGUCCAAAGGUGUCACCUAAACUUCUCAGAAAGAUCCUCCCACAAUCUGAGUGGAUAAGUCAAUUCAUUCAUUCAGGUAGGAAGUAAUUUUUCCAGCUCUAUUUCAGACACCAAAUACAUGCGGGCUGUCACACAUACACACACACACACACACCUGCCAGUAGUAGCCUCAGCACUCAGCAGUACAGUGUGUGUGAGAGAGUGAGAAACAGGUUGUCAGCAGUGAGUCAGGAGUCAGGCUCCCCUUGGGAUUAGCUCAGCCUCAGCACCUGUCCGCGUUAGCCCAUGGACAUCCUAAGCCCUGGUGUGUCCAAUAGACUUCUUUAGCGUUGGGAGAUAUAUCCGCACACUCUGACACAGCUAAUCACUGCUAACUGCUUCCAACAUCCCAACAACACAGGAGUACGUGUCACGCUCUAUUACAUCCCCUGCUCCAACACAGGAGUGGUGUUGUGUCACACUCUAAUACUUCCCCUGCUUUCCAGAGUGAGGAUCUGACUAGGAAUGCAAGUGGUGCUGACAGACAGGGGUUCAUUACAGCUGAAUCAUGGGGUCCCUUUUCUCUUGUUCCCUCCAGUCAUGUUCCGGCUGUACGACACAGAUGGCAACGGAGUACUGGACAGCUCGGUGAGUGGCCCUCUCUUCUCUUCUCUUCUCUUCUCUUCUCUUCUCUUCUCUUCUCUUCUCUUCUCUUCUCUUCUCUUCUCUUCUCUUCUCUUCUCUUCUCUUCUCUUCUCUUCUCUUCUCUUCUCUUCUCUUCUCUUCUCUUCUCUUCUCUUCUCUUUCUCUUCUCUUCUCUUCUCUUCUCUUCUCUUCUCUCCUUUCUUCUGUUCUGGUCUAUCCUUUCCUCAUCUCCUCUCCUCCCCUCUCCUCUCCUGUCCUGCCCUCGCAGCUCCUCUCCUCUCCUCUCUUCUUAUGCAGUGCUAAGUUCAGUGCAAUUAGAACAACCCUGUUACAGUACUUAUUUCCUCUGAACUCCAGUUGCUUCAUUCUUAGAUCCAUGCAACAGUAUACAGAGUCGAUGUGCAGAGGUAUGAGGUAAUUGAAGUCGAUAUGUACAUAUAACUAGGAAUAAAGUGACAGAUAGUAAACAGUAGCAGCAAGCGUAUGUGAAUCCAGGUGAAAGCUAUGAUCCCUUACUGAUGUCACUUGUUAAAUCCACUUCAGUCAGUGUAGAUGAAGAGGAGGAGACAGGUUAAAGAAGGAUUUUUAAGCCUUGAGACAAUUGAGACGGAUUGUGUAUGUGUACCAUUCAGAGGGUGAAUGGGCAAGACAAAAUAUUUCAGUGCCUUUGAACAGGGUAUGGUAGUAGGUGCCAGGUGCACCGGUUUGUGUCAAGAACUGCAAUGCUGCUGGGUUUUUCACAUUCAACAGUUUCCCGUGUGUAUCAAGAAUUGUCCACCACCCAAAGGACAUCUAGCCAACUUGACACUACUGUGGGACACUUUCAGCUCCUUGUAGAGUCCAUGCCCCGAUGAAUUGAGGCUGUUUUGAGGGCAAAAGGAGGUGCAACUCAAUAUUAGCAAGGUGUUCCUAAUGUUUUGUACACUCAGUGUAUUUAGUCAACGAGGGCAGGGUAGUUAAUCAUUCUGGUCUACGCUGAGCUGAACUGCCUCCUGGUGUCCAGGAAUAGAAAUCAUGAAUCAACAGUCAGAGGAUACUGUCAUCAUAGGAUGAUGUGAAUGUGGAUGAUAUCAGAGGAUACUGUCAUCAUAGGAUGAUGUGAAUGUGGAUGAUAUCAGAGGAUACUGUUAUCAUAGGAUGAUGUGGAUGAUAUCAGAGGAUACUGUCAUCAUAGGAUGAUGUGGAUGUGGAUGAUAUCAGAGGAUACUGUUAUCAUAGGAUGAUGUGGAUGAUAUCAGAGGAUACUGUCAUCAUAGGAUGAUGUGGAUGUGGAUGAUAUCAGAGGAAACUGUGUCGUAGAAAUAUUUGACUAAUAGAUAAUCAACUUAAAAAUAUCUCUCAAGACACCGGAGCUUGUGAAUUCAAGAAUUAGACUUUAUUGCAUAACAAAGCCGAGCUAGCCCCAUGGAACAACUGUCUCUCUCUGGCUUAGAGAUCUCUUAUAUACAUACACACAAAUGAAAAAACAUGCGUACAUUCCUAACUUUUUUCAGUUCUGCACCACCCUUCUUUUUCAAUGUCCAGCUGUCACACAAUGUCCACUCCAAAAUGUCAUGAAUGCUUUUUUUCUAUAUGAAGCCUCUCAUUCUAUCAUUCUAUUGGCUGCGUGGCUUAGGCCCCUUCUUAAAAAAAGAACUAAUGUAAUGCAUACCAUGUGUCUAUAACAAACCCAUGGGCCACAGUUUGAGAGCCCCUGUGAAAGAACACAUGCAUUCAUUUAAAACACAGCAUAUACUCCAUAUCUAUAUUCCUUAUUUAAGCAUGUAUCUGGAUUAUAAAAUAUCAAACAUGUUCAUUCUGUUUCACCAUUAUCAUUUCAUAACACAUUAUAAAACAUAUCCAUUAAUACUUAAACAUGAUUUAAACAUGUCAUCCAUAACCCAUUCUCAACCACAUACAUUUAAACAUUUAUCAUUCAUCAUCCUCCUCGGCCCCUGAGAUUAUGUGCAUGUGGCCAUGUGUCAGGUCAUAAGGUCAUAAGCACAAAAAAUGUUAACACUAGUUCCAUUGUUACUCCAAUCUCCACACACGUCAUUGACAUACCCAGCCCAGCUGCAGGGAGUUUAUGAAAAACACAUAAAUGUCUCUGCUCUGUAUUAACCCUUCAACUGGUUCUCAAUCCAUAAACAUUUUAAGGCAUAUAGGUUUUUAAUUCUACAACAUAUGUACUUGAAAAUCAUAUAUAUAUUUCCCCCCUCUGGGACUUUUAAGUCCCAACCAAUAAAACAAAAGAUAACAUAAAAUGAGUGUAAGCAUGUGCAUAUACUUAUUCUUAGCCUUGCCAUCUGUGGUUACAUUUUAUAAGAAUAUAUAUUCAGACCAAUGUAUCUUCCUCAUUGUCUGACCCAUCCUGAUGAGGACCCAUAGCCCAGUCAGGUAUUGAUUACAAGUCUAGAAGGUUUUCCUCUAAAUUAACCUCCACAUUUUCCUGUCGGGCUUCGUAACCAUGGCAGGCCCAUCCACCCCCAGGAACAACUCCAUACAAACAUUCAGGAUUCCCAAAUUCCCAAAAUGUCCCAUAUUUAUUUACCUACUGUCAUGGCGCUCCCUGAACUGGGUGUAUCUCUUUAUAAACAAUGCUCCCCACUUUUGUUUGGUUAUAGCCCUUCCCAUAUAUGUGUUAGUAUCCUAUCACAUCAACACAUGCAACUUUGUCUUAACAAUAAUAUCUAGGACAUGUUUAAGAAUGGUGUCAAUAUCUUUAGCUUACAUAACCUUUUUCACCCAUAUCACAAGUAUUAUAACAAUCAAAAUAAUCAAUAUCCAUAUCUAAUCAAGUAAUUGCCAUGUCAACAUCACUAAGCAUUAAUAUUAAUAAGUUAUUCAGAUCAGUCAGUCCACUUAUAAUUUAUAAUCAUAAUCAAAUUAAUUACCCAAAACAACUUUAGAAUGACAAUUCUUAAUUAGUCACCUUUGUUCCAUCAUUCAAAGUUAAAACUCUCACCUUGGCACAUAUUAACACUGGCCGAAUGUAUAUUUAUAUUAUAAUAAUUCUAGCAUUAACUUCCUCAUAACGAGAAUUACAACAGAUCAGUACCCUAAUGCAUUGUCCAAAUUACUAUAAAUUUAGUAGUGUAUAAUACCUCCUUAAUCAACAUACUACCUCAACUAACACUCCCUUCCUCUACCGGCACUCAAUCUUCUGGCGUCUUCAUUAUGUUCUUCAGAUAGCUUCAUAGUUCAUCUUGGAUUACCCAUAGCAAUGUCCCAAUUCCAAUGUCACACCUGAACCGCCACACCUCCACCAUCAUCCUGUUUUGUCCAUGUGCAAAACAGGAUGCAAAACAGCUGUAGCUCAGCUGGUAGAGCACGGCGCUUGAAACGCCAAGGUAGUGGGUUCGAUCCCCGGGACCACCCAUACACAAAAAUGUAUGCACGCAUGACUGUAAGUCGCUUUGGAUAAAAGCGUCUGCUAAAUGGCAUAUUAUUAUUAUUAUUAUUAUACCCAAACUAGGAAGAACGUUGUAUUUGCAUAGACCUCUUUCCUCACAUUCUAGAAAGAAAAGGCACAAAAGAGAAGGCAAUUGAUUGCUUUGAUUUGAUGCUGGAUUCAGGUCUCCUGGCAGAAGUAGUCAGACAGGAACGUCUUCAACGCCUUUGUUGUUCCUCUUCAGCCGAGUAGAGGAUUUUUGGUUUUUAUUGAGGUUUACACCGUUCUGGGCCAAAUGAUCUCUGCAAUGCAUUACGACACCAUCCGUAGCAACCUCAGGAAAGGACAGAUCAUAACAGUUCAGUUGAGUUAAUUUCCAAUCCAAAACAUCCCUAUUAACAUUGUCUACAUGACAAAUCAUUAUGUUUCACAUUCUCCCUUGAAUUCUCCCAAAUUAUAUAACCCAAUUGUUUUAUUGUAACAUUCCUACAUUUUUGCUCAUACUCUAUUUGACCUUACUCUGGUGUUUCCCUUUCCUUGUUCCUAUUCUAACAAUUGCUUACACUUCUCUCCUCAUCCUGGUUGAUCAUAAAAUUGUUUAUAUUUAGGAUUUCCUAAAUAUUACAAACAUUCUGCUGGCCAAUAUGGUCUUUCCGAGUUCCUUAUAUGACAAAAGUUGUAGUUGAAUCAUAACACAGUCCUAGUAACUGUGAAGAUUUUGAACUACUGUUAAUUCUUUAAACGGAGAUGUGGUGCAUAUUAGACUAUUUUCUUUAUUCAAUUGUAAUAUAAUAUAUUGUACUCAUCUAUAUCAAUCAUUGUUUAAUGGCUCCUUCAAUUCCCUUUCUUCUGUAUUUGGUAUAGCUCUAACAUAUACAGGGUUUAAUGCACUUUCCCAAGGAAUAACUACUCCAAUAACACUUCCCCCUGGAAAUCUAACACCAAAUACUACAUCAAAUUGUUUAUCUAAGUCUUGGACUGUUCUCCUUAUGUCUAUGAUUCACCUGUCUCUUUCUUUCAUUAUCUUAAGGUCACACUACCCCAUGUGACUUCCCCAUACUCUUUGUGCUGGUUUCUCACACACCAAUAAUAUUUUAACCCUUGUAUUUUAAUAGUGAUCCCUUCCUGUAUUUUUAGUUAUGGUUCCUGCCUGUGCAAGAAUAUACAUUCUAAUCCUGUCUAUCUCCCUUCUAUGUCUUGUUCUUCUGCUCUUUAUUAUUAUCAGUACUCCAUUCCCCUUAUUCUCAGGUAACUAGUCAAGUGUAGAGAAAUCAAUGAUAAGGAUAUCUGGUGCGUCUUGGAGGUCUGGAAUCUCUCGGUGGUCUGGAAUCUCUCGGUGGUCUGGAAGGUCCUUAAAGUCUCUUAAUCAUCAGUUCCCUCACUCUGGUACAAUGGUUAAGAUGAUACCCGAUACUCCCCUCUAUCCGUACCAUCGUUGGUAUAACCUGGACAACGAUGUGUAUGGUCACUUCAGUUGUUAACCUUCCCCCGUCACUAGGGUCUCCGGAUUAGCCAGAGUCCCUCUCAAUCUAUCGACAUCGGUCUGUGAAAAGUGUCCUUCAAUCAGCCUACCCAUAGGGAAGCUCAGAGUUACUGCUGCAAAGACACAAGCACAGACACACACAAAAAACAACAAUGCUACCCAAUGGCUGAGGUUGGAACACUCCUAUAGUGGGAAACAUGAAUCUAAGUAUCUGUCUCCACCACUUUUACCAUCAUUAAGGUAGCCAACAACACCUGGUACAGGCCCCUCCACAUAGGGUCUUUCCAGCUCUUUCUUCUGUAGUCUUUUGCCAUCACAUAGUCUCCAGGGCACAGAAAAUACUCAGAUUAUCCUACUCAGUUGGGCAUAGUUAUCUUCACCCAUGAAAAGAAAAUCUUAAGAACAUUGUUAGGUUAGGUGAGACACAGUAUGCUACUCAUGUCCUCUCAUCCGUCAAGAGAAGCCUUGAGAUUAUGAAGCACACCUGCUUCCAGCUUGUUCUAGUUCACUUAUCUCAUAGACAGACCACCUCUACACCAUGCCUCCUAUCACAAAAACAAAAAUGAUUUAACCUAACCCAUAACACAUUAUUACUACUGCUCAUAUCCUUAAUACACCUUGCAUAUUUCCCCACAAAACCAUAAUAAAACAUUAAAACCUCUGUAAUCCCAACUUCCCCCCUUGGACACAUGCAUCACAUCGUGAUUCAUGUGUACAAAAAACAAAACAAAACAAUAUUGCCUAUCAAACCUAAAAUAAUAACUAACCUUAAAAUGACACCCCUUGAGCAUAUCUUUACUUAACUGUAUUCCAUAACACUAUUCAAGGAAUACCUCUCCUUCAGGGCUAACCCUCUCACUUCAUCCUUGUCCUGUUUCGACUAAUUUAUAUAUAGGAUUUUUUCCAAAUUAUAAACUUCUUCACAAUUAUCCUUAUUUUAUCUAACUCCCUAAUUCAGCAUGCCUCUAGAAUUCAUAGUGCGGGUGAUCAGGUCGCACUAUAAAGCCAGGACAGAUUUCAGAGGUCAUUGAAAUCAUUCAAUGAAUUGUUUCAUCCAAUAGUAUACUACUCCUAACAACCAUCAAGACCUUUCAUAAAUGUUGUAAUUCCUUAGGACAGCUCUUUUCAAAAUAAAUCACACAUAUUUACUUAUCCCUCAGUAAAUAAAACCCAAAUUACAUGUGUAUGCCCCUUUAAGAUAUUUCACUUCCAUCCCAUCAAAAAAAAAAAAAUAGAAAUAAAAAUCCUAUACAACUAACAUUUCAUACUAAGUAGUUUGUUUGUGGUUAUUUGAACACCAUAUAGUAAAACAAUAAACAAACAAAAAUGGCCAGGCCUUAUUUAUUUUGGUAGCUCCCUAUGACAACCUAAAAAUAAAACUACUUAAUUUUACUAACUAGUUCCACCCUAGCCUACAGACUUUUUAAACCUCCCAAUAAAGAAAUCCCCAUGUUCCUGGAAGAGAAAGUAUACAUGUCGUUAACAUAUAAUCAACAAUCCAAAGAUAGUAAUUACACACAAAACAUCAUACAUAUAUCCCCAGUCCUAUCUCAUCAACAAUCAUUAACCCCAGCAUCAAUUAAAAAUAGUUUGAUACGUCUUGUCCUACCUUACCCCUAACAUAAUAUUAUAGGAGACUCCCAUCAACCCUUAAAAGAAACUCCCACUUAGAAGACACUAGAUAAUAACACAUUUUAUUAAGUUAACUACACCUUCCACUAUAAACCUAUAACCCCAUUUUAGUAAUUUAACGUCGCAAACUGUUGCAUUGAUGUUCUCUUUUUUUUUUCUUAAAUAUAAACUUAUUGUUUCAUAAUCCAAAACCCAUAAAAAGAUGUCUACUUAAUCCAUCAAGCCAACAGCAACAACUACCUCCCAUCGUUCAACGUACUAUAAACAAAUGAUCGUUAUCUGAAGUAAUAAAACAUCAUCAUAACUCACUGCUGUUUAAACAAACUAUAUAAUGUCAUAAUAAAAUGAUCAAUUAUCAAAUAUCGUUCCUUAUUCAACUAUCGAGACAUGUUCUUCAUUAGUUAAUCGUCUCCACAAAGCAAUACUACCUAAUAACAUAUUCUCAUUCUCCUAAGUAGAAAUAAUGACUCCUAUUAAACAAUCCCAUUCAACAUCAAGUCAACCUGUCUCAUCACCCAAUUAACUUAUUUUUUAAACCCUCUACAAUAUCUAUCAUACUCUACCGCUAAUUUUCCUCAUAAUGGUACCUUAACAGAUGACAAAUUAUUUUAUAUUUAUAGUAAAAACCAAUAAAACAUCCAAUUCACCAAUAUGCAAUUUCAAUUACUAUGUUAUCCUAUCCGACAUGGAUUGGUAGGACAACAUCUUUCCUAUAAUGUUAUCAAUGAAACCAGUAAUUCACAUCAAUAACAUCAAUGUAAAAGAUUUGCUUUCUGUCCCCUACUGGAUUCGAACCAGGGACCCUCUGCACACAUUGACAACAUUCACCACCGAAGCACCGUUACCCGUCGCUCCACCAAUGCCACACAAAGCAUCUACUUCCAGUUCAUAGAGCACGUGACGUCACCCAACGAAAACCACACUAGCUCUCACCGCUAACUAGCUAGCAAUUUCCUGCCGAUAAUAAUAAUAAUAAUAAUAAUAAUAUGCCAUUUAGCAGACGCUUUUAUCCAAAGCGACUUACAGUCAUACAAAAUACGCGAUCCUUGUACACCUAACUUAACCCAUAAUGUCCCUUAUAGCAUUCUCACGUUUCAGCAAGCCCCAAUGUUCAACACCCACAGACAAAAAUGGAAAUUCUUCCAUUUUUCCUAGCAGACCCAAUAGAACACACUUUCAAACAGCGUUCUGCAUUUACCUCUAUCAUAGGGUUUAAAAACGAACUUAACAACAUUAAUCAUCCUAAAUUGCCAUAGUAACAUCAUGUUUGGUUCAGUUGAUAUAUUACCAUAUAAGACAUUCACUUCUCCAUGCGUCGUAAACUAUAUCCUAUUUCUCUUGUAACCAACUAAAAUCAUAGUCACGCAAUUAAACCAUCACCCCGCCAUUACAGAAUGAAUGAGAUCUAUUAAUCUAUCCUUUCUAAGUAAGCUACAAGUAACACCAAACACUUGCUGUAGUUUACCAUCAUAUAUUGAAAUCAUCCAUUUAGCACAAUCCAAUUUAUUUAUAGACAUAUUCCACCAUUGUCACUCCUUUAAUCUAGCAAAACCUUAUUCAAUGACUAAAAAUUACUACCACGUACUCUCCUCUCCGUUAACAUUUUAGUCAUUUAGCAGAUGCUCUUAUUCCAAGCGACGCACAAUUAGUGGGCUCAUACAUUAUUAUACUUAUACUAGCCCCCCUUGGGAAUCGAACACCCAACCCUGGCGUUGCAUGCACCGUGCUCUACCAACUGAGCUACAGAGGACCACAGAUGAGCGUAUAGUGCCUUUUUCUGAUAAUGUUAUAAUUGUAGCCUAUUGCAUUACUUUAGUUUAAAAUAUAAGUUUGUUUAUUCAACAAAUCUAGAACCCACUAUAAAUUGAUGCUAUUCACUCAGCUUAUAAUAGCCAAAGCUCCUUGCAUCCCCUAGUUCACGCAACGAAAAUACAUUAUCAUUCUACAAUUCACCAACUAUUCGCAUACAUUACUGGUGUCACGCGAACCAUAGAAUAAAGUGAUAACAAUUAGAAUUUUGUCAAAUAAAUGUUUUCCAUCCAGCUAUUCAAACUUGCUUUAAAUAACUCUUUCAGCUCGAUACAGUCAAGCAAGUAUGACUCUCUUUUAACCGGAAACUAGUUCAUGGCAUUAGUAAAGUCUAUUCACAUCCCAACAAUAACUAAUAAUAUAUGUAUAUUCAUAAUAUUAAAAUACCUUACUUUCAUUCCAGUCUACCUAAACAAUUCAAAUUAUGGCCAAAUCUCUUAUCCAAAUUGCCAGUCCGCUAUUCAAAUGUAACUGUCCUUUCUGAUUUAGACUAUAGACACUCCUCCUUUCUCGUUGAAUAAGUGAGUCCUUCAGUCUGAAAAGACGCAGGCUACUAGAUCGUCCAAUCUUAUCCUGACUGUUCCUUCAAUCUAAACAACCCACAACUAUAGCUAAACUAUACUUAGAAAACCUAGACUCUGUUCAGCGAUGCAGAAUCUAUGCUUUAUUGAAAUGACAAGUUAAUCCUCCUUUAUUCCAAUGAUAAUGGUCAGUAGUUUUAGUAUCUGGCACAUACCACACUUUAUCAGAAAAUAGCUUUGAAGGACACAGAUCUCACACGCUCAACGUAAUCAAUUUAGCAGUCAACAAGUCAAACCUCACAUUCAUUGAUUUGGAAACAGAUCUAACGACCUAACCAAAUGAAUUAUAUAUCUGCUUCUGAAAUAAUAGAUAGUUUAUUAUAAUGUUUAAUUCUACCACAUGUCCUAUGUACUCUCUCCCAUUUCCACGUACGUCUACGUGUUUGGGCAAGUCAACACCUAUAAUUUUAUCCAAUCCCUCGUAUUAAAUCACACUCACAGAAAAUUCAUUCUAUUCCAAUAUAUUCAUAUCUACCAAACCAUUCAUGUUUCUAAUUAUUCUUUAUUGCCACAAAUCAGUUAAUCACCAUCUAGUCUCAGCGGAACAAACAACAAAUUACCCAAAUCAUUUCCCUCAGUCAUAGAAUCCUCCUAGAAUCAUAUAUGCUGGUCACUAUUCCCUGAUCUUACAAAAUUCUAUGACAGGCAUUGUUGUACGAAACUCCAAGAUAUAAUUUACAAGAAAAGCUUAUUAUUCCAACGUAUAUAUAAUUAUCAAACACACCUAUAUAUCUCAUCAUUCAAACUUCAGAGUGCGACUAAUUUACAUCAUUAUACCACUCUUAUUCCAUAUUUAUACAAUGUUGUCCUCAAACGCCCUUAAUUACUAUUUGUAUAACCUACAGGAAUAUCUUAUUCUAUCAAAGGGCCCAAAUUUGGAAUGUUAACCCUAUCCUAGUUAUUAUUUUACUGUAGUCAAUUUAUCAUAAUACUGCAUCACCUCUAAAGUUUCUAAAUAUAAUGUCAGAAACAUACCCUAACAGAUUUAUCAAAAUACAAUGCAUAGACGUCAUAUAACCACACCGGUACACGUGACCUGUUCCUCCAACAGGAUUUAUUCUACUCCUCCUGGUAACGUGAAUUUUCUACACUCAGUUGGUCAAUGAAUAUCCACGCACCAUUUAUUCUUCUCUUUCCUAAUGUGAGAUUGGGCACACCCUUUCUCCAUCAGACAGAAGCUUCAAACAACCUCAAAUAUAUUUCCUUUCCUUACAGAAAGGCUAUUUACUUGCAGGAUUUCUUAUUAUUCUCACUCACACAGAUGAGCAGCCACUUGUGCCCAAAUGAAUCAGACAGUUUAAUGACUCACAGCCACCCAAGCAACCCAUUCCCCAUAUGAGAUGAGCAGACCUACUCUAUAUAACACUUUAUCAAAAUGUUGACGCCCUUGUAGCUAUUUAACCCGUUCACCUACUCAGGAUGACCGGUGUUACUCCAAUUUAUGGUGUCACCUACGCCGGAUGACCUAACUUUUUUACCUGAUCGACCCUACCUAAUUUUGGCAUCACCACAACACAGGAUGAUGCCCUACCUGCCCGUUCAGACCUCUGGAGUGCUAAUUUUAGCUCUCCAUAGCGCUAUCCACAGGAUUGAUAUUUAUUUAGCCCAGGUGUUAUACUUCCUCUACACACCUGGACUUCUACUACGCUUUCCUAAGCGACCUGUAAAUUAUGCCCUAUUUUUUCUGUUACACUUCCUCAACACAGAAAAAGGAGCGGUAUUACACAGGAUUUCUGCCUACCUAAGCAGUCCUCAAGACGAUUCACUUCCACGACACGUCUAAAGCGGUAUCUGUAGGACUUAACAUGUUAUUGUCUGAUCGCUCAACCAGCGGGACAACCACCCGUGCCGAAAUGACUCAGACAAAGCGAUCAGCAAGAUGAAUCUAAUGAAUCAAAUGAAUCAAAUGAAUCAAAUGAAUCAAAUGAAUCAAAUGAAUCAAAUCAAUCAAAUCAAUUGAACAGACGGUUCAGACAAACAACAGCGACAUGUAUUCUUAAAUUCAAAAGCUCCUAGUGUCUAAUUUUCUGGUUCUUAAAUUUGGAGAGACCUACUUGGUAUUUCUUUAGAUGUUGCCGAGCCCCGGAUCGGACCACACAAACGUUAUACUAUAUAAGUAAGAACUUGGCUUACCUUUUAAAAGCGGCCGCUUUUGUUUGCAUGGUCCGUCCAAGCCGUUUCACAACUGCAGAUGUAUACCGUCUCUGAUCCCUAUUUUUCAACUCCUGGACAAGCUCGCCAAUAUGUCGUAGAAAUAUUUGACUAAUAGAUAAUCAACUCAAAAAUAUCUCUCAAGACACCGGAGCUUGUGAAUUCAAGAAUUAUACUUUAUUGCAUAACAAAGCCGAGCUAGCCCCAUGGAACAACUGUCUCGCUCUGGCUUAGAGAUCUCUUAUAUAUAUACACACAAAUGAAAAAACAUGCGUACAUUCCUAACUUUUUUCAGUUCUGCACCACCCUUCUUUUUCAACGUCCAGCUGUCACACAAUGUCCACUCCAAAAUGUCAUGAAUGAUUUUUUUCUAUAUGAAGCCUCUCAUUCUAUCAUUCUAUUGGCUGCGUGGCUUAGGCCCCUUCUUAAAAAAAGAACUAAUGUAAUGCAUACCAUGUGUCUAUAACAAACCCAUGGGCCACAGUUUGAGAGCCCCUGUGAAAGAACACAUGCAUUCAUUUAAAACACAGCAUAUACUCCAUGUCUAUAUUCCUUAUUUAAGCAUGUAUCUGGAUUAUAAAAUAUCAAACAUGUUCAUUCUGUUUCACCAUUAUCAUUUCAUAACACAUUAUAAAACAUAUCCAUUAAUACUUAAAUAUGAUUUAAACAUGUCAUCCAUAACCCAUUCUCAACCACAUACAUUUAAACAUUUAUCAUUCAUCAUCCUCCCCGGCCCCUGAGAUUAUGUGCAUGUGGCCAUGUGUCAGGUCAUAAGGUCAUAAGCACAAAAAAUGAUAACACUAGUUCCAUUGUUACUCCAAUCUCCACACAAGUCAUUGACAUACCCAGCCCAGCUGCAGGGAGUUUAUGAAAAACACAUAAAUGUCUCUGCUCUGUAUUAACCCUUCAACUGGUUCUCAAUCCAUAAACAUUUUAAGGCAUAUAGGUUUUUAAUUCUACAACAUAUGUACUUGAAAAUCAUCUAUAACUGUCAUCAUAGGAUGAUGUGGAUGUGGAUGAUAUCCGAGGAUACUGUCAUCAUAGGAUGAUGUAGAUGUGGAUGAUAUCAGAGGAUACUGUCAUCAUAGGAUGAUGUGGAUGUGGAUGAUAUUAGAGGAUACUGUUAUCAUAGGAUGAUGUGGAUGUGGAUGAUAUCAGAGGAUACUGUCAUCAUAGGAUGAUGUGGAUGUGGAUGAUAUCAGAGGAUACUGUCAUCAUAGGAUGAUGUGGAUGAUAUCAGAGGAUACUGUUGUCUGGGUGACUUCAUUUGUUUUCAAGGACAAUCUUCCUGGGCAUGCCACAAUGUGGAGGAUUUUUUUGUUUUCUAAAAGGAGAACAUAUGUGAUUGUCUCUGUCAGUCUCUUGGUAGUAAUGUUGUGCCCCAUCUCUGUCUGUGGAUGUGUGGAUGAGUUCAUUUGUUAUCAAGAAGACGGCCACAGUGUUGUUGUUGUUGUGGUCUAAUGUUUAGCUCUCUUCCUUUGUGUGUAGGAACUGGACCGCAUCAUCAAUCAGAUGGUCCACGUGGCAGAGUACCUGGAAUGGGACUCUGCAGAGCUGCGACCGGUAAGGAUGCACACAGCCUUGUGUGUCUUGUUUCCCCUGUUACCAAAGUUUUGUGGUGACCUGAAAAGGCUAGCUUAACUACAGUGAUGAGGACAUGUUGGAUCAUUAGAGUAUUAUAAUUUGACAAGACUUUACUGGACUCAUCCGCCGUCCUCCCCGUCUCCCUGUGUUCUAGAUCCUGAAAGAGAUGAUGGAAGAGAUAGACUAUGACAGGGACGGAACAGUCACUCUGGAGGAGUGGAUCAGAGGAGGCCUCACCACCAUCCCUCUGCUGGUCCUGCUGGGCAUGGAGACGGUGAGGGAGGGUGUGUGUGUGUGAUAUCAUUUGAUAAUGGAUGCCAUACAGAGUGGCUUGCGAAAGUAUUCACCCCCCUUGGCAUUUUUCCUAUUUUGUUGCCUUACAACCUGGAAUUAAAAUUGAUUUGGGGGGGAUUUGUAUCAUUUGAUUUACACAACAUGCCUACCACUUUGAAGAUGCAAAAUAUUUUUUCUUGUUAAACAAUCAAGAAAUAAGACAAAAAAACAGAAAACUUGAGCGUGCAUAACUAUUCACCCCCCCAAAAUCAAUACUUAGUAGAGCCACCUUUUGCAACAAUUACAGCUGCAAGUGUGGUGAGUGAUUUUGAAGGAGUCAGGCGCAGGAGGGUAAAUCACACAAUAAAAUAUUUAUUCUGAAAACACAGCGGUACGCAGCAAUGCGUCAAACACUCCAGUGCGGAAAUCAGGCGCACUGGAAACAACAAGGCACACGGAUGAAAUAUCCAGGCGAUACAAAAUACAAAGAGCUCCACCAAGCUAAUCUAACCUCCACAAUAAACAAUCACACACAAAUACAAGGGGGCAGAGGGAACACUUAUACAGGUACUGAUGAGGGGAUGUGUGUAAUAAACAAGACAAAACAAAUGGAAAAGAAGGCCGGUGACGACCCGAACAAGGAGAGGAGGCAGCUUCGGGGGAAGUCGUGACAGUACCCCCACCCCCCCCCCCAGGAGGACAUGGAGCAGGGCGAGCCGGAUGGCGACGGUGGAAAUCCCGCAACAGGGAGGGAUCGAGGAUAUCCCUCACCGGGACCCAACACCGCUCCUCCGGACCGUGACCCUCCCACUCCACGAGGUACUGAAGGCCCCCAACCCGACGCCUUGAAUAAAGGAUGGAACGGACGGAGUACGCCGGGGCGCCCUCGAUGUCAAGAGAGGGCGGAGGGACCUCCCGCACCUCAGACUCCUGGAGCGGACCAGCCACCACUGACCUGAGGAGAGACACAUGAAACUAGGGGUUAAUACGGUAAUCUGGAGGGAGUAGUAACCUAUAGGUAACCUCGUUUAUUUUCCUCAGGACUUUGAACGGCCCCACAAACCGCGGGCUCAGCUUCCAGCAGGGCAGGCCGAGAGCCAGACCCGAUCACCCGGUACAAAGACCGGGCCCUCACUGCGGUGGCGGUGAGCGUUGGCCUUCUGGCGACACACGGCGCGCUGGAGGUGGACGUGAGCAGCGUUCCACGUCUCCUCUGCAUGCCGAAACCAGUCAUCCACCGCAGGAGCUUCGAUCUGGCUCUGAUGCCACGGUACCAGAACCGGCUGAUAACCUAAAACACAUUGAAAUGGCGAUAGGUUAGUGGAGGAGUGGCGGAGAGAGUUCUGUGCAUAUUCGGCCCAUGGCAAGAACACCAACCAUUCCACUGGCCGGUCCUGGCAAUAGGACCGCAGGAACCUACCCACAUCCUGAUUCACCCGUUCCACCUGCCCAUUAGACUCGGGGUGAAACCCAGAGGUCAGGCUGACCGAGACCCCAGACGUUCCAUGAAUGCCUUCCAGACCCUGGAUGUAAACUGGGGACUCCGGUCAGACACUAUGUCCAAUUGCACCCCAUAGUGCCGUAAGACGUGCGUAAACAGGGCCUCCGCAGUCUGCAGGGCCGUGGGGAGACCGGGCAGAGGAAGGAGGCGGCAGGCUUUUGAAAAGCGGUCCACAACGACCAGGAUGGUGGUGUUACCCUGAGAGAGGGGGAGAUCGGUGAGAAAAUCAAUACACAAGUGGGACCAUGGCCAUUGUGGAACUGGUAAGGGAUGUAACUUACCCGCUGGGCGGUGCCUAGGUGUUUUACUCUGGGCGCACACCGAGCAGGAGGAGACAUAUACCCUCACGUCAUCAGCCAAGGUAGGCCACCAGUACUUUCCGGUCAGGCAGCGCACUGUACGGCCGAUACCUUGGUGACCAGAGGAGGGGGAUGUGUGUGCCCAAUAGAUCAGACAGUCAUGGACAAGAGACGGCACGUACCGCAGCCCAGCUGGGCACUGAGGUGGAGAUGGCUCUGUGCGUAACGCUGGCUCUAUGUCCGCGUCCACCACCCAUACUACCGGCGCCACAAUGCAGGAGGCCGGUAGUAUGGGGGGUGUUGUCUAUGGGCCUCUCCUCUGUGUCGUACAGCCGUGACAGUGCGUCUGCCUUCACGUUCUUUGUACCCGGUAUGUAGGACAGUAUAAAAUCAAACCGGGUGAAGAACAGGGCCAACCUGGCCUGGCGAGGGUUCAGCCUCCUCGCUGCCCAGAUGUACUCCAGGUUACGGUGGUCAGUCCAGACAAGUAAAGGGUGUUUCGCCCCCUCGAGUCAGUGCCUCCAAACGGUCAGGGCUCUGACAACAGCUAACAGCUCCCGAUCACCAAUGUCGUAGUUCUGCCUUGCAGGGCUGAGCUUCUUGGAGAAGAAGGCACAGGGGCGGAGCUUGGGUGGCGUGCCCGAGCGUUGAGAUAGGACAGCGCCUAUCCCUACCUCGGACGCAUCCACCUCCACUACAAACGGUAAUGAUGGAUCGGGAUGGACCAGUACCGGGGCUGAGGUGAACAGAGCCCUCAGAUUACUGAAAGCCCUGUCAGCCACAGCACACCAGCGGAGCCGGACGGCCAACCCUUCAACAGAGAAGUGAUGAGAGCUGCGACCUUGUCAAAGCCCCGGAUAAACCUCCGAUAGUAGUUGGCAAAGCCAAUAAAGCGCUGCACCUCGUUUACCGUGGUUGUAGUCGGCCAAUUACACACGGCUGAAAUGCGAUCUCCCUCCAUCUCCACACCUGAGAUGGUGAUGAAGUAUCCGAGGAAGGAGACGGACUGUUGGAAAAACAGACACUGUUCUGCCUUGGCAUAAAGGUCAUGUUCCAACAGUUGGCCCAGCACUUUGCGAACCAGGGACACAUAAUAAUAAUAAUAAUAAUAAUAAUAAUAAUAAUAUAAUAAUAUGCCAUUUAGCAGACGCUUUUAUCCAAAGCGACUUACAGUCAUGUGUGAAUACAUUUUUACGUAUGGGUGGUCACGGGGAUCGAACCCACUACCCUGGCGUUACAAGUGCCAUGCUCUACCAAUGCUCAGCGCAUGCUCGGCGCGCGUAGUGGAAUACACCAGAAUGUCAUCGAUGUAGACCACUACACCGCGACCAAGCAUGUCCCGAAACACUUCGUUCACCAAGGACUUGAAGACUGAUGGAGCAUUCAUCAAGCCGUACGGCAUCACCAGGUAUUCGUAAUGCCCUGUGGUUGUGCUGAAUGCUGUCUUCCACUCGUCCCCCUCUCGGACACGCACCAGGUUGUACGCACUCCGGAGAUCUAAUUUUGUGAAGAAUCGCGCCCCAUGCAUUGACUCGAUUACAGAUGGAAUGAGGGGUAGAGGAUAACUAUAACGAAUUGUCCCCUUGUUCAGUGCUCGGUAAACAAUGCAAGUGCGCAGCCCUCCGUCUUUCUUCUUCACAAAAAAUUAACUUGAGGAGUUGAAGUGGAGGGACGUAUGAACCCCUGGCGCAGGGACUCGGAGACGUAUGUCUCCAUCGCCUCCGUUUCAGCCUGCGACAGGGGAUAUACAUGACUCCUGAGAGGCACAGCGUCUACCCAGAGGUUUAUCGCACAAUCCCCCGCCCAAUGAAGUGGUAAUUUGGUCGCCUGCGUUUUGGAAAACGCGUGCGCCAAAUCGAGGUAUUCGGGGGGAAUGCACACGGUGGAGGUAGUGUCUGGACUUUCCACCAUGGUUGCACCAACGGAAACAGCUAGACAUCUACCCUGACACUCUCGCGACCAUCUCUUGAGAACCCUCUGCGGCCAUGAAAAGAUGGGGUUGUGAUGUGUUAACCAGGGAAGACCCAACACAACAGGGAAAUCAGGAGACUCAAUAAUAAAAAAGGUGACUUGCUCUCUAUGGGUCUCCUGCGUAACCAUUGUGACUGGUGCUGUAACUUCCCUAAUGAACCCUGACCCUAAUGGUCAACUGUCCAGUGCUUUGAUGGGCAGUUGAAUGGAUAGGGGAACCAAUGGAAUACCUAGGCUAUGAGCUAACGACCUGUCCAUAAAGUUCCCAGCUGCGCCUGAAUUGACCAGCGCCUUACACUGGGACACUACUGUAUGGUGCGGUGCGCAGCAGAGGGCUCUGAACGAGUGUUGGUUUGCGCUACCUGGAGUGACGCGAGAGUGCCCUGCCUGCCGCCUCCAGACCCGGAAGAACCCUGACGACAGCGUGCAGUGGAAUGUCCUCUCCUGCCACAAGCGUGAAACUGGAGCUGUCGUCUUCCGUUCUCCCGGAUCGCUGCACCACCCAGCUCCAUCGGAACUGAAUUCGGGUUGAAGGGGGGUGAAAAGGGCAGGCCACUUCCAGAACGUCCUCUUGCAGCCAACAGGUUGUCCAACCAGAUGGCCAUGUCCACCAGCUGGUCGAAAGUCAACAUGGCAUCCCGGCAGGCUAGCUCCCUUCAGACGUCCUCUCGCAGGCUGCACCGGAAUCUGUCGAUGAGGGCCCUCUCGUUCCACCCAGACCCAGCCACUAGAGUACGAAACUCCAGGGCAUAGUCCUGCGUGGUCCUCGUCCCCUGCCUCAGUUGGACCAGUCGCUCGCCCAUCUCUCUUCCUUCGGGCGGGUGGUCGAAGACUGCCCGGAAGAGGCGAGCGAACUCCCCGUAGUUGUCCAACGCAGCUCCUCCUUCACUCCAGACAGCGUUGGCCCACUCCAGGGCUUUUCCUGAGAGUUAGGAGACGCGCGGACACCUUCUCCUGCUCCGAUGGAGCCGGGCUGAUGGUUAAGAAGUAGAUGUCCAGCUGCAGGAGGAAUCCUUAGCAGCGGGCAGCUGUUGUUAUGGCUAUGGUUCAACCCAGCACUCAGAGAAACCAACACGACAAAGGGAGUGGAAGAAACAAAAAUGUUUUAAUAAAAGUUCAAAUUGUCUUAGUCCAAAAACAACUGGAGUAAAGGAACAGAGUGGGCUAGUCGGCUCCGGAGGAAGGAGAGGCUGAGGCAGGCAGGCAGGCAGGCAGGCAGGCAGGCAGGCAGACCGACAGGCAGGAAGGCAGGCAGGUUGGGAGGUAUGGCUGAACGCUCUGGUAAGAACAACGAUCUGGCGCCGGUGGAGAGCCAUGCCCAGGAAUAAGUAGUGCAGGUUGAUGAGAGAAUAGGAUGCAGCUGCGUAGGCAGGAAUCACUGGAAACAACCCGCAGCUGCACAGGAGAGGCAGAUCCUGAGCACGCCCCCUGCUCCACUCCAGACACACCCACAUAAAGGGGACAAACACACAUACAACAGAAAAAGAGGGGACAAAACAAGGAGGAAGGGAAACAGAAAAGGGAGAGACAAGCUGCCCACAUAACAGUACCCCCCCCUCAAUGGUCGCCACCUGGCGACCCACCAGGCCUGUCAGGGUUGUCGUGAUGGAAGUCCGUGAUCAGCUGAGGAUCCAACACAAAACGCUUAGGGACCCAAGACCUCUCCUCUGGUCCAUAACCUUCCCAAUCGACUAGGUAUUGGAGACCCCUACCCCGCCUCCGAGAGUCCAGGAGCCUACUGACGGUGUAGGCCGGAUGGUCGUCAAUGAGGCGAACAGGUGGAGGUGGAUCAGCCGGCGGACACAAAAGGCUGGAGGACACAGGUUUCAGUUGGGAGACGUGGAAGGUAGGGUGUAUCUUCAUGGCUGAAGGCAACUUCAAACGAACCGCAGCGGGGUUAAUGAUGGACUCCACCACAAACGGACCCAGGUACCGAGGAGACAGCUUGCGUGAUUUGGUACGAAGAGGUACGUUCUUAGAUGACAGCCAAACCUCUUGACCAGGAUGAAACACAGGUGCGGGAGUCCUGCUCCUAUCCGCUGUUGUCUUGUUCCUGUCGGUGGUCCGAAGCAAUGCUUCCCGAGCGUCGCUCCACACUCUCUGGCAGCGGCGGAGGUUCUCCUGAACCGAAGGAACAGCCAAUUCCUUCUCCUGAGCAGGAAACAGAGGGGGUUGAUAACCCAUGGUAACCUCGAAGGGUGAAAGACCGGUGGCAGAGGCGGUGAGGGAGUUGUGGGCGUACUCUAUCCAGGGCAGAUGUUUAGCCCAGGAUGAUGGAUGUUGAGCAGCCACACAACGAAGGGUUGCUUCGAGGUUUUGAUUGGCUCUUUCUGUUUGACCGUUGGUCUGGGGAUGAAACCCUGAGGACAGACUAACGGAAGCACCCAAAGCAGAACAGAAACCCUUCCAAACACGGGAAGUAAACUGUGGGCCUCUAUCAGAUACGAUGUCCACAGGUAUUCCAUGGGGACGGAAUACAUGUUGGACUAGGAGGUCCGCUGUCUCACUGGCAGACGGUAAUUUUGGUAAUGCUAUAUAGUGGACAGAUUUAGAGAAUCUGUCCACAAUGGUAAGUAUAGUAUCAUUACCUUCAGACUUGGGUAGGCCGGUGACAAAAUCCAUGGCAAUGUGGGACCAGGGACGGCUGGGAACUGGGAGGGGUAGCAGCAGCCCCGAAGGGGACUGAUGGGAGGCUUUGCCCCGAGCACAGGUUGAACAGGCUGCCACAAAAGCCCGAACGUCAGUUUCCAUUGAAGGCCACCAAAAAUGUCUCCUAAGCAGCGUCAACGUGCGUCUCAUCCCAGGGUGACCAGCAAAACGGGAGGUGUGAAUCCACUGCAACACCUGAGACCGGACCGUCUCGGGAACAAAGAGUAGGUUGGGAGGUCCAUCACCCGGUCCCGGGUCCGUGGCAAGUGCAGUCUUCACAAGAGACUCGAUCUCCCACUGAACAGCCGCCACGACGCAUGAGGAAGGCAGGACUGCCUCAGGCUCGCUGGUCUCCGAAGGGUCAGCAAACUGGCGGGACAAAGCAUCUGGUUUAACAUUUCUUGACCCCGGUCUGUAUGUAAGAAUAAAGUUAAACCUACUAAAAAACAGGGCCCAUCUGGCUUGGCGUGAGUUGAGUCUCUUAGUGGCUUGGAUGUAAGCCAAGUUUUUGUGGUCAGUCCAGACCACAAACGGCAAUUCAGCUCCAUCCAGCCAGUGCCGCCAUUCUUCCAGUGCAAGCUUGACCGCCAGCAGUUCCCGGUUUCCAACGUCGUAAUUCCGUUCUGUGGGUGACAAUUUCUUGGAGAAAAAAGCACAGGGGUGAAGCCUUUGGUCAGUGGGGGAGCGCUGGGAGAGGACAGCUCCCACACCUGAGUCCGACGCGUCCACCUCCACAACAAACUGCAGAGAGGUAUUGGGGUGUAUCAACACGGGGGAGGCGGAAAACAGUUCCUUCAAAACCCCUACCGCCUGCUCCGCCUCAGGGGACCACCGAAAAGGGACUUUAGGAGAUGUGAGUCUUGUAAGGGGUGCCACCACUCUACUAAAACCCUUAAUGAAUCUACGGUAGAAGUUAGCAAAGCCCAAAAAUCGUUGAAGUUGCUUACGGGUGGUGGGUGUGGGCCAUUCCGUCACUGCCCGGAUCUUCUCGGGGUCCGCCUUCACCUGCCCGCUCUCAAUUAUGAAUCCAAGGAACGAUGUAGACUGUUUGUGGAACUCACACUUCUCUGCUUUGACGUACAGCUUGUUCUCCAAGAGCCGUUGAAGGACUUGACGGACGUGUGACUCAUGCUCCUCGGGUGACUUGGAAAAAACAAGAAUAUCAUCCAGGUAUACAAAGACAAAACGGUUCAAAAAAUCCCUAAGAACAUCGUUCACCAUGGCUUGGAAAACCGCAGGGGCAUUUGAAAGCCCAAAGGGCAUGACCAAAUACUCAAAAUGUCCCAGUGGAGUGUUGAAAGCGGUUUUCCACUCAUCUCCCUUUCGGAUUCGGACAAGGUGAUAAGCAUUCCUGAGGUCGAGCUUGGAAAACACUGUGGCGCCAUGCAGAGGUUCAAAAGCUGAGUUGAUGAGUGGAAGGGGAUACUUGUUUUUAACAGUUAUGUUGUUUAAACCCCUGAAAUCGAUACAGGGGCGUAACGACUUGUCCUUCUUUUCCACGAAAAAGAAACCUGCACCCAAAGGAGACGACGAGGGACGGAUUAUGCCCGAGACCAGAGAAUCACCAAUGUACUGCUCCAUUGCCUCUCUUUCCGGUCGGGACAGAUUGUAUAACCGACUAGAGGGCAAGGGAGCACCAGGAAGCAGUUCAAUAGGGCAAUCAUAAGGCCUAUGUGGUGGUAGAGACAGAGCCUUGUCCUUACUGAAAACCUCCGCUAAGUCAUGGUAUUCUUUGGGGACAGAUGACAGAUCAAGAGGAGCUGAGGGAGGAGUUGGGUUACACUUAGUGGGGGGAACCGCUGACCUCAGGCACUCGGAAUGGCAGUUAGUGCUCCAACUGAGAAUGGUGUGACGUGUCCAAUCAAUUUGUGGGUUGUGAAGAGCCAACCAGGGGAAGCCAAGGAUUAGGGAGGUAGCUGAGCCAGACAUAACUCUUAGCUGAAUGCUUUCACAAUGAUUGCCAGAAAUCACUAGGGAAACGGGGGUGGUUUGAUGAGUUAUCUCCGCGAGGAGGCGCCCAUCAAGGGCUGUGACCCGGAUGGGGGUAGGUAGUGGCUCCAUGGGGAUACGAGCUUGUGUAACGAACUGGUGGCUAAUAAAGUUAUCUUCUGCACCUGAGUCUAUGAGAGCUGAGAGUGGCAGGGAAUGACUCUGGAAACGUAAGGUUACAGGUACUUGUAAUCGGGGAAUGAUGGGUUCAGGAUCUAACUCUGGGCUCGCAAGUAGACCCACCGUUACGAGCGAGCCUUGUCUUUUGGCCGCUUAGGGCAUGUAGCCAGAAUGUGUGUGGCGUCUCCACAGUACAGGCACUCACCCGCCUGGAGGCGCCGUUGCCGCUCAGCUGGAGGAAGUCGAGCUCGACCCACUUGCAUAGGUUCCUCCUCUGUGCUCGGGAUGGAAUCAGGAACAAGAAGCUGCCGACUCCGGAGAGGCGAGACUCAAGUGGUUGAAGGCUGGGGAACUCGUCCUCCUAGAUGUGGCCGAUCGCCUCUCUCCCGACGCCUCUCCCGCAACCGAUUGUCUAGCUUGAUGGACAGGGAAACGAGAGAGAAUGUAAAUCAUGUGGCUCAUCACGAGCAGCCAGUUCAUCCUUAAUGGCUUCAUUCAAACCGUUUAGAAAUGCUCCUUGAAGUGCCACAUUGUUCCACUUGGAGUCCGCUGCCAACGUCCAGAACUCAAUAGAGUACUCUGCCACACUGUUAGAACCCUGCCUCAAAUUAAAAAGUAUCUUGGAGGAAUUACCCACAUGGUCAGGAUGGUCAAAAACAGUCUUCAAUUUAGCAGAGAAAUCAGCAAAAGUCAAUCCAGUCAAAGUUUGAUCUGAGCACACAGCCUCAGCCCAAACCAGAGCUUUCCCCCUUAACAGCCCCAGAACAUAAUGUACCUUAGAUGAAUCAGUAGAAAACGACAGUGGUCUCUGCCGAAAAAUCAAGUCACACUGAAGCAAAAAUCCCCGGCACUUGUCCAAUUCUCCAUUGAACGGUUCAGGCGACGUGACAGGGGGUUCCCGACGGAACGAAGCCUGCCUAGUGUCCGAGGAAACAACUUGGGGUGCAUCAAACUGGGGGUCAGAGAGAGAUGGAGAACUGAUAACAGACAAUUUAGAGACGUGUGUAGUUAACUGAGUCACCUGGUUCAGCAGUUGAUGAUUAUCUUCCACAAGAGUCCGAAUCAACUGGUCAUGCUGUCCUAGCAACGUUCCUUGAGCCUGGAUAGCUUGUUGGAAGCUGUCUUUGUUUGCCCCGUGCUGUUUCUCUGUUGGGUCCAUGGCCAGAUCGUUCUGUUAUGGCUAUGGUUCAACCCAGCACUCAGAGAAACCAACACGACAAAGGGAGUGGAAGAAACAAAAAUGUUUUAAUAAAAGUUCAAAUUGUCUUAGUCCAAAAACAACUGGAGUAAAGGAACAGAGUGGGCUAGUCGGCUCCGGAGGAAGGAGAGGCUGAGGCAGGCAGGCAGGCAGGCAGGCAGGCAGGCAGGCAGGCAGACCGACAGGCAGGAAGGCAGGCAGGUUGGGAGGUAUGGCUGAACGCUCUGGUAAGAACAACGAUCUGGCGCCGGUGGAGAGCCAUGCCCAGGAAUAAGUAGUGCAGGUUGAUGAGAGAAUAGGAUGCAGCUGCGUAGGCAGGAAUCACUGGAAACAACCCGCAGCUGCACAGGAGAGGCAGAUCCUGAGCACGCCCCCUGCUCCACUCCAGACACACCCACAUAAAGGGGACAAACACACAUACAACAGAAAAAGAGGGGACAAAACAAGGAGGAAGGGAAACAGAAAAGGGAGAGACAAGCUGCCCACAUAACAGCUGUCCCGUCAAAAUCCCUUGGUCGGGAUAGAUGAAUCCCUCUGGGUGCUAGGGUGUGGGUGGCUGGAUCCGGUCGCUCAGCUGGUCCCGAACGGUCGGGUCCUCUCCUCUCCAGGCGGAAUGAUGAGAUGAGGAGCGGCAGUGGCUAGAAGGCCGGUGACGACGAAUGCCGAAGCCUGCCCGAACAAGGAGAGGAGGCAGCUUCGGAGGAAGUCGUGACAGCAAGUCUCUUGGGGUAUGUCUCUAUAAGCUUGGCACAUCUAGCCACUGGGAUUUUUGCCCAUUCUUCAAGGCAAAACUGCUCCAGCUCCUUCAAGUUGGAUGGGUUUCCGCUGAUGUACAGCAAUCUUUAAGUCAUACCACAGAUUCUCAAUUGGAUUGAGGUCUGGGCUUUGACUAGGCCAUUCCAAGACAUUUAAAUGUUUCCGCUUAAACCACUCAAGUGUUGCUUUAGCAGUAUGUUUAGCGUCAUUGUCCUGCUGGAUGGUGAACCUCUGUCUCAGUCUCAAAUCUCUGGAAGACUGAAACAGGUUUCCUUCAAGAAUUUCCCUGUAUUUAGCGCAAUCCACCAUUCCUUCAAUUCUGACCAGUUUCCCUGCAAAUGAAGAACAUCCCCAUAGCAUGAUGCUGCCACCACCAUGCUUCACUGUGGGGAUGGUGUUCUCGGGGUGAUGAGAAGUGUUGGGUUUGCGCCAGACAUUUUCCUUGAUGGCCAAAAAGCUCAAUUGUAGUAUCAUCUGACCAGAGUACCUUCUUCCAUAUGUUUGGGGAGUCUCCCACAUGCCUUUUGGUGACCACCAAAUGUGUUUGCUUAUUUUUUUCUUUAAGCAAUGGCUUUUUUCUGGCCACUCUUCUGUAAAGCCCAGCUCUGUGGAGUGUAUGGCUUAAAGUGGUCCUAUGGACAGAUACUUCAAUCUCCACUGUGGAGCUUUGCAGCUCCUUCAGGGUUAUCUUUGGUCUCUUUGUUGCCUCUCUGAUUAAUGCCGUCCCUGCCUGGUCCGUGAGUUUUGGUGGGCGGCCCUCUCUUGGCAGGUUUGUUGUGGUGCCAUAUUCUUUCAAUUUUUUUAUAAUGGAUUUAAUGGUGCUCCGUGGGAUGUUCAAAGUUUCUGAUAUUUUUUUUGUAACCCAACCCUGAUCUGUACUUCUCCACAACUUUGUCCCUGACCUGUUUGGAGAGCUCCUUGGUCUUCAUGGUGCCGCUUGCUUGGUAGUGCCCCUUGCUUAGUGGUGUUGCAGACUCUGGGGUCUUUCAGAACAGGUGUAUAUAUACUGGGAUCAUGUGACAGAUCAUUUGACACUUAGAUUGCACACAGGUGGACUUUAUUUAACUAAUUAUGUGACUUCUGAAGGUAAUUGGUUGCACCAGAUCGUAUUUAGGGGCUUCAUAGCAAAGGGGGUGAAUACAUACGCACGCACCACUUUGCCGUUAUUUAUUUAUUUAAAUUUUUAGAAAUUUAUUUCAUUCCGCUUCACCAAUUUGGACUAUUUUGUAGGAAAAACGCCAAGGGGGAUGAGUACUUUUGCAAGGCACUGUAGCACACGCUUUUAUCCAAAGUGCAUACAUCUACAUGAGUGCAUACAUUUUAGUAAGUGUAUAUGAUCCCUGCGAGAAGAGAGAUAAAGUGUGUGUCUGCGUGCGUUUGGAGUUUGGCAGUUCCACUAAAUCAAUUCAGAAAGAUCUUUCUCUCUCUUUCUCUCUCUUUCUCUCUCUUUCUCUCUCUCUCUCUCUCUCUCUCUCUCUCUCUCUCUCUCUCUCUCUCUCUCUCUCUCUCUCUCUCUCUCUCUCUCUCUCUCUCUCUCUCUCUCUCUUUCUCUAUCUUUCUUUAUUUCUCUGUAGAAUGUUCAGGAAGAUGGUCAGCAUGUGUGGAAACUGAAGCACUUCAACAAGCCAGCCUACUGUAACUACUGCCACACCAUGCUGCUGGGAGUCCGCAAGCAGGGCCUCUGCUGCUCCAGUGAGUGUGUGUGUGCGUAUGUGCGUGUGUACGUGUGUGUGUGUGGCCCUCUGUCUCCUUAAAGAGAUACUUCGAGAUUUUGGCAGAGUCAGAUGAACUCGUGGGUACCAUUUUUUUUUAAAUAAUGUGUGAUCAAAAUUGGUGUUUUAUCUUUAUUGCCCGUGAAUUCAAAUGUGCAGCUAGAUUCUCUCUCUGUGCUUUGGCUCCAACAAUAAGUACCUCGGUCUUGUCUUGAUUUAGCUGGAGGAAGUUGUGAGCCAAGUAUUUAAAUCACUAAUACAUAGGGCUGUGGCGGUCACGAAAUUUCAUCAGCCAGUGAUUGUCAAGCAAAUAACUGCAGGUCUCACGGUAAUUGACCGUUAAUUAACAUAAACACAUUUAGCAUCUCCUGGCUUCCACACAUAGCCUACAAGCCACUGAUGCAGGCCUUUGGAACAUCUACAUUUAAAAAAGUCUAAUAAAUCCAUGUAAUAUAGCCUACACCUUCACAAUAAAUCCAUUAUAUAUUUUAGACAGGUCUAAAGAAACAUGAUAUGAAGAAAAAGUAGUCUAUUUCAGAAGAACAGAAUAGCAUACUCUGAGUUGUCUGUAUGUUAGGUCCUGAUCUGGAUAUGCCAUAUGGCUGUGGGCUACACUAGUUCAUUUAGCAGACAAGAUUAGCUUAGAAUUCUGUGGCAUUAUUUUAUAGUAUGAAGAAUACAAUUGAACAAAGCUGAAUAAAAUAGAAAGGAUAUUUUCUCCAAACAAUUUGAGGGAUUGCGCACAUGCGGCUAUUCUGUGUUGAGCGGUUAACAAAGAAAUAGGUACUCCUAUAUGCUUAAUUUAGAGUUAUUAAUGUAACUUUAGUUGUUCUACAAAUGUUGGGCUAUAUGUUUUGAUUUUAACACAUUCUAAGGCUGCAUGAUGCGACUCUAAUGAUGAUGUGAAAAAAGUUGCAUGAAAUGCAUGAGCUCUGCUUAGUUUUUUAGCGCAGGCUGUCCACACUUCAUCAGUCUCUCAUUCACAGUUUGACAAGCACUUGAUAAUGCCUCGAAUAUCCAGGCAGCAUCCCCUUUGUGUGGCCUUAAUGCUCCCUAAAAUAAUUCAUGCCUUUUGCGCCCAGUGGCCGUUGUGCCCUUGGGCUAAAUAUAAUAAUUAUAAUUCCCUUCUCCCUGAGUGCUGCGUGCUCCGAAGCACCUCUCACUCACAUGGCUCCCCAUCACGUGAUCGGGUCUUUCUCACAGGCUACAAGUAAAGACAGACACACCGGGGACGCAAAUGCGCGCAUCCUUAUCCAAUUCUGAGGUGCAUAUUGAAGAUUUUGGAAGAACUGUCCACAUUUACUUUUCGUCAGCCAACAAGAUGACGAACAGCAAAAGCACUAGCCUAUGUCAAUCUACUAUCCCCCAUAGUACCAAAGUUGACCUAUUAAAUUCUGUGUGAGAAAGAAAUAUUCCAAACAUAGUCUGGGACAGUUGUGGGAUGCGAUAGAGCCAAAAUUAAUACAACCACUACAUCAAAAAACCUUUAGCUUAAAAUGUUGAUAAACUAUUAGGCUAUUUCUUCACAUUAUAAGCGCAGCAAUGCGAACACAGCAGUAGGCUAAUGUUCCAUUAAUGGGAAAACACCAUUCUCAAAAGUGACCGCAAAUGCGAUUAUUUUAUGGUGAAAAUGGUCUUCCCCAAACUUGAAAUUCACCCGCUGCUUAUGUAUGCCAGUUAGGCUCUACACCCCUUGUAAAGCGGAUUAAUGUGCUUAAUUUUAAGGAGUUAUUUGGCCACUUUAGUUGUGAUUCAAACCUUAUCAAAACAUAUAGGCCUAUGGGCUAGGCUACAUGAGGUGUGCGACAAUGAAAAAGUAGCCAAAAAAGGCUUUGUUUCUUGCCUUACGCUGUGCAACAUUCACAAGUGAUAAUAUAUAAUUCACAAGUGAUAGGCUAAUAUUGUCACCCAUCAGACUAUUCUUGAUUUAGUCUUGUCUUUACAUAUACUAAAUAAUAUAUGUGUGAAAUCUGUUUUGAUUUAGAAUAGACCAUUAUCAUGCACCUGUCUCGAAACAGGGGCAGGGGAAAAAAUACAUGUCAACUAUGAACUUAAAUAGCAAAUGGAGGACGCGUUUUCCGUGGUUCAAUUUCAUGCCAGCCAGGUAGGCUAUACUCCUGUUGUAAAGAGAAGCAAUGUGCUUAAUAUUAGGAAAGUUGAGAAAUAAAUAUAGUAAGCCUAUAGAAAGCUGAUGGGAUCCUCCUCUUUUUAACAGAGGCCAUCACUCUGUUUUCUCGCGCAAUUGCAUAGCCUAUAGAAAUGUUGCGCAACAUGAGCUCAUGGGCUCUCAUGAAGUGUUUAAUUAGAUUUUCGAAACAUUUGCAUUGAUGUCAGAGUGAUUAGAGGGACAAUAGAGUGCUGAGUACCAGGCAGUUAGCAAGUUUGGUAGGCUACUAAUGACCAUCAGCAGCAUCAGAGCUUGGAGAAGCCUAAUUACCGUGACUAAACAGUCACGUGGAAUUUGACUGCCUUCAUGAAUCGUGACUGCCUGUGUGGCGGUAAUCAGGUCACCGUAACAGCCCUACUAAUACAGUCUAAUUAUUUAUCUGUGGAGAUAAAAUCCUCUGGUGACACAGAAAUGUAAAGUAGCAGUGAAAAUCAAUGCUUUGCUUUCUGAUAAUGCUGCCAAUGGGUAACAUAUAUAAACUGAACAGUACCGGACCCAAAAUCGAACCUUGUGGAAUGCCACGUGAUAUGUAUUUUCUCUGAGUUAUGUUCACCAAGGGCGACAAAAAUCUCUUGACCGGUUAAAUAGGUCCUAAACCAAUUUAGAACUGGACCGGAGAGGCCAACCCACCUGUCCAGAAGGACAUUACAUUUACAUUUACAUUUACGUCAUUUAGCAGACGCUCUUAUCCAGAGCGACUUACAAAUAGGUGCAUUCACCUUAUAGCCAGUGGGAUAACCACUUUACAAUGUUUUUUAUUUUGGGGGGGGGGGGGGGGGGGGGGGGGGGUUGGAGUAAAGGGGGGGGGGGGGGGGGGGGGGGGGGGGGUAGAAGGAUUACUUUAUCCAUAUGUUGACAUCAUGGUCAACAGUGUCGAAUGCCACACUUAAAUCUAAGAGUACAAGGACAGAGAGCUGUUUGGCAUCUGUGUUGGCUCUAAGAUAAUUUGCCACUUUAAGUAAGGCUUUUUCUGUGCUGUGGUGGGCACAAAAACCAGAUUGGAAUUUUUCAAAAAUACAGCUGGCACUUAAAAAAUAAUUUAGCUGUUUGAAAACCAAUUUCUCCAGAAUUUUGCUUAACAGUGGAAGGUUGGAGAUUAUCGGAAAGUUGUUAAAAACGGAAUAAUCUAGAUUACUUUUCUUCAGAAGGGGUUUUACCAUAGCAGUUUUUAGUGCAGUGGAGAAAAUGCCUGUGAACAGGGAGUGGUUAACAAUAGCUUACAUUUCUUUAGAUAUGCAAUUAAAAACUGUUUUGAAGAAGGUGGUGGGGAUAGGAUUGAGAAGGCAGUUAGAAGGCUUAAGAUGUUAUAUCCCUUUCCUGAGCAUGUCUGUGUCAACCAAGGAAAUUAAAUCCAUAGUGCCUUUGCAUGGUAGGCUAGGGCACAUAUCAUAUAACUUCUCAUCAGGUCUUGCUUGACUGAUACCCAGCCAAAUGUUGGUUAUCUUAUCUCUGAAAUAUGCCGCAAACACAUCACAUUUAGAUGUGGAGCACUCUCAAAUUAUUCUGAUUAAUAGUGAUCAAGUUAGAAAUUGUAGCCUAGUCUAGUAAAUUGACCGUAUGUGUUAGGGUGACCAUUCAGUUUGUCCAGGGACAGUUUCAGACCCAUUUCAGGUGUCCCGACUUAUUGGAUAUAAAAAAGGUAUAUUUGUCAGCAAGACACGUCAAUUAAUGUAGGCCUAAUCAAUGGCAAUUGCCGAUUGUCAUUAGGCACAGUUUUGUAAACAGAUGUCCAUUCAUCAUACUGCUCAAGUGCACAUCCAUUGCACAAUUCUGAUUAUUUAGGAGUCGAUGAACAUGCACAGGUAGCUUACUUUUUGUAGUGAUUGGUUUGUUUCAUGCCACAUUAAAUGGUAAUUCAUUUUUACCGUUAAAUUACAUAUUUAUUAUUAGGCUCAUAAAAUGUUUUCCAAUAGAGACCCCACCGAAUGUCACGUGUAAUUGGCACUCUGGCAGAUACCAUAGACUUCCAGUCAUUGCUCUAACGCUAGUUAGUAAUUGCGCUAGGGCUAGUUAGUAACUUCCUUCAAACUGCACUGAGAGACAUAAAAAUGGUAUCCAUGAGUUCAUCUGACUCUGGGGAAGUAGAUAAAGGGCCUCAUUGCCAAAAUACCGAAGUAUCCCUUUAAGUUCCUCUUUCUGUCCCUGGUUGGCCUUCACUCCUUCACUUUGUUAUCUCUCUACCUGCCUUUCAGUUCCUCUCUCUGUCUUGCAACCAGAUGUUUAUAUAAUAUUUAUAUUUCUGUCUGACUGACUGUUAUUCAAUCCUCCAUUCUGUGAAUAAUAAACAUGAUUGCAUUACUAAUUAAUGAUCUAUUAUCAGGAUAGUGUUAUCGCCUGGUCAUUUUAUUACAUGAUUCAAUGAAAGGGCUGGUCUUACUGCUCAGUGUUCAUCCACUGGUUAACUGUCUCUACCUCUGUGUUUCAGUAUGCAAGUACACAGUCCAUGAACGCUGUGUGUCCAAAGACAUAGCUGCCUGCAUCAGCACCUAUGCCAAGUCCCGCAGACACACCAAUGUGAGUACUAUACACACAACUACACACACACACACACACACACACACACACACACACACACACACACACACACACACACACACACACACACACACACACACACACACACACACACACACACAUUUGUUUUACUAUCCUUGUGGGGACCAGACAAUUGAGUCCCAUUCAGAAUCCUAUUUUCACUAAACCCUAAACCUAACCCUUACCCUAACCUUAUCCUUAACCCUAAACUCCUAACCCUAAUUGUAACCCUAACCUUAAACCUAACCCCUAACCCCUAAACCUAAAAUAGACUGUUUCCUUGUGGGGACCGGCGAAAUGUCCCCACUUUUUUCCCAGUUGUUUUACAACCCUUGUGAGGACCUCUAGUGUCUCAGCAACAUCUGACCAACGUCACUGAGCAACCUGUUUUUGUCAGGAGCAGAAGGGUCAUGGGAGCAAGGACUCUCUCUCACACACACACACCCCUACGCAUGGGAUCAUGGGAGCAAGGAGAUCAUGCAGCGCUACUAAUGUUGUUAACCGCGUUUCUAUAUUUAACCCCUAAUUUAAUUAGACACCUACUGGAAUGAUCUCACAGACUUGGAGUUGUCCCUCUAAGACCCUCUCUUUCUCUCCAGAUGGAGUUCUACUCUGUUUCAGAUCCACUUCAUUUUUUUCAAGUUUGGUUCAAUAGCAGAAGACACCUUUCAGAUGGUCUCUUAUUUUUGUAGCUAUCGGGCACAAAAUAUAGCACGUUUAGCACUGGAGUAAUCUUGUAACUUCCUUUUAAUUAUGAUUGUUGUCUCCCUCUCUCUCUCUCUCCCACUCUCUCUCUCUCCCUCUCCCCGUCUCCCUCUCUCUCCCCUCUCUCCAUUCCUCCCUCUCUCCCUUCCUCCCUCCCUCUCUCCCUCUCUCCCUCUCUCCCUCUCUCCCUCUCCCCUCUCCCUUUCUCUCCUCUCUCUCCCCUCUCUCCCUUCCUCCCUCUCUCCCUCUCCCCCUCUCUCUCUCCCCCUCUCCCCCUCUCUCUCUCCCUCUCUCCAGGCUAUGCAGCAUGUGUGGAUGGAGGGAAACUCUCCCACUAAGUGUGACCGCUGUCACAGAAGUAUCAAGUGCUACCAGGGCUUAACGGGCCUACACUGUGUGUGGUGUCAGAUCACAGUGAGUAGUACACACCUCCCUGUACUGGAGAACUCCUGGUAUAGUUACAAUGUUUUGGUUCAUAGUGCCUUAUGUCAAGUGCCUUGCCUAGUAUCAAGUGCUUCAGCAGUCUUCUGUUAAUAAAAAUGGUCCUGAAGAAAUUCACAGCAAUAGUUUGUAAUCUACCUAAUUUCUCAUUUUUACAUUACCUAAGAUGUCCACUAGAUGUCAACAUUUACCUUUACAUUUUAAAUAAUUUAGAAUGAACACAAACUGUGAUUCAUCAAAUCACCAGUAAGUGGAGUUCGAAGAGCUUUUUAGGAUUGUCAAUUUAGCUUAGUUAUGUUCUCAUCUCUUUUGCAUCACUGCAGGCAUUCAUCCUCAGUCUUGGAAGCAGCUACUGUGCUCUUUACAUGAAUCAGACUUUGGCAUGAACCAGGGGUUCAGUUUAUAUUCUGUUAUUAUUAGCUUCAAGCAUUUAUGGGGCUUUUGAGUGAAGUGUUUUGCAUAACAUCUAGCACUGUUAUGCAAUAUCUGGCACUGUUUCAAAUGACUUGUGUGAAUAUAUAUUUUUGUUUUCCUUUUCCACUCUCCUCAUCCUCUUCGCCUCCUCUGCUUCUUUCCUCCCUCCAUUCUCCUCCUCCUCCUUCCCGUUCAGCUCCACAAUAAGUGUGCGUCCAACAUCAAGCCGGAGUGUGAUGGAGGAGCUCUUAGAGACCACACUCUACUCCCCUCCUACAUCUGCCCUGUCGUCCUGGUGAGAUCACAUGACCUCAAUCACACUCUGAAUCUCCUUUUUAUUUAUCUCCAAUACUUUCAAUACUGAAAAACACUGAGAUAUAUAAAUAUAGGUCCAUAAAGGUAUACACUUUUGUCCCAUUUUUCUGUAACAAUUCAUAAAUUCAUAAACACAUUUAUCUUUGUCUGUUUAUGUGUCUCUAUGUCUGUCCGUCUGUCCAUCUGUCGGUCCGUCUGUCCGUCUGUCCGUCUGCCUAUCUAUCUAUCUGUAGGACCGUCAUUCUGUUGUGAAGCGGGGUGAAGGGGACUCCCCGCCCAGCAGCAGCCCUGACAACACGAAUCAGAGCUUCAAAUUCACAGGAGACGGACAAGCACUGCAGGUGAGCAAAUCAAGCCCAGAGCAUCUUCAGUGGUUAGCGCCUUGGAGUCUGUUGUGUUUCCUGAUGGCAGGUUAAAGUGUGUGUUGUGUUUGCAUGGGUUUACACUAUACAGUAUCUCAUUAGCCUGUCUCUGCUAUCCUGUCCAGAUCACUCCUCUCCCAGGUACACAUCCCCUCCUGGUCCUGGUCAACCCAAAGAGUGGAGGGAGACAGGGGGAGCGGUAAGUCACAUACACUACCGGUCAAAAGUUUUAGAACAUCUACUCAUUCAAGGGUUUUUCUUUAUUUGUACUUUCUACAUUGUAGAAUAAUAGUGAAAACAUCAAAACUAUGAAAUAACUAAUAUGGAAUCAUGUAGUAACCAAAAAAGUGUCUUCAAAUAGCCACCCUUUGCCUUGAUGACAACUUUGCAUAUGCUUGGCAUUCUCUCAACUAGCUUCACCUUGGAUGCUUUUCCAAUAGUCUUGAAGGAGUGCCACAUAUGCUGAGCACUUGUUGGCUGCUUUUCCUUCACUCUGCGGUCCGACUUAUCCCAAACCAUCUCAAUUUGGUUGAGGUCGGGGGAUUGUGGAGGCCAGGUCACCUGAUGCAGCACUAUUUUUUUUUUUUUUUGCGGGUUCGAUCGGCUUUAAUAAUAUUGCAGAUAACAUUGUAACUUUCAUCAAUGUUAUUGUCUGCAUCAUUUCCAAUCCCCCAUUUGUUUUUUUUCAGCAAAUAUAUAUAUAUAUAUAUAUACACAGUUGAAGUCGGAAGUUUGCAUACACUUAGGUUGGAGUCAUUAAAACUCAUUUUUCAACCACUCAACAAAUUUCUUGUUAACAAACUAUCAUUUUGGCAAGUCGGUUAGGACAUCUACUUCGUGCAUGACACAAGUAAUUUUUCCAACAAUUGUUUACAGACAGAUUUCACUUAUAAUUCACUGUAUCACAAUUCCAGUGGGUCAGAAUUUUACAUACACAAAGCUGACUGUGCCUUUAAACAGCUUGAAAAUUCCAGAAAAUUAUGUCAUGACUUUAGAAGCUUCUGAUAGGCAUAUUGACAUCAUUUGAGUCAAUUGGAGGUGUACCUGUGGAUGUAUUUCAAGGCCUACCUUCAAACUCAGUGUCUCUUUGCUUGACAUCAUGGGAAAACCAAAAAAGAUAGUACGCAAGUAUAAACACCAUGGGACUAUCCAGCCGUCAUACCGCUCAGGAAGGACACGCGUUCUGUCUCCUAGAGAUGAACGUACUUUGGGGCGAAAAGUGCAAAUCAAUCCCAGAACAACAGAAAAGGACCUUGUGAAGAUGCUGGAGGAAACAGGUACAAAAGUAUCUAUAUCCACAGUAAAACAAGUCCUAUAUCGACAUAACCUGAAAGGCCGCUCAGCAAGGAAGAAGCCACUGCUCCAAAACCGCCAUAAAAAAGCCAGACUACGGUUUGCAACUGCACAUGGAGUCAAAGAUCGUACUUUUUGGAGAAAUGUCCUCUGGUCUGAUGAAACAAAAAUAGAACUGUUUGGCCAUAAUGACCAUCGUUAUGUUUGGAGGAAAAAGGGGAACGCUUGCAAGCCAAAGAACACCAUCCCAACCGUGAAGCACGGGGGUGGCAGCAUCAUGAUGUGGGGGUGCUUUGCUGCAGGAGGGACUGGUGCACUUCACAAAAUAGAUGGCAUCAUGAGGAAGGAAAAUUAUAUGGAUAUAUUGAAGCAACAUCUCAAGACAUCAGUCAGGAAGUUAAAGCUUGGUCGCAAAUGGGUCUUCCAAAUGGACAAUGACCCCAAGCAGACUUCCAAAGUUGUGGCAAAAUGGCUUAAGGACAACAAAGUCAAGGUAUUGGAGUGGCCAUCACAAAGCCCUGACCUCAAUUCUAUAGAACAUUUGUGGGCAGAACUGAAAAAGCGUGUGCGAGUAAGGAGGCCUACAAACCUGACUCAGUUCACCCAACUUAUUGUGGGAAGCUUGUGGAAGGCUACCCAAAAUGUUUGACCCAAGUUAAACAAUUUAAAGGCAAUGCUACCAAAUACUAAUUGAGAGUAUGUAAACUUCUGUCCCACUGGGAAUGUGAUGAAAGAAACAAAAGCUAAAAUAAAUCAUUCUCUCUACUAUUAUUCUGACAUUUCACAUUCUUAAAAUACAGUGGUGAUCCUAACUGACCUAAAGCAGGGAAUUUUUACUAGGAUUAAAUGUCAGGAAUUGUGAAAAACUAAGUUUAAAUGUAUUUGGCUAAGGUGUAUGUAAACUUCCGACUCCAACUGUAAAUAUAUAUAUACAGUGCCUUGCAAAAGUAUUCAUCCACCUUGGCGUUUUUCCUAUUUUGUUGCAUUACAACCUGUAAUUUAAAUUGAUUUUUAUUUGGAUUUCAUGUAAUGGACAUACACAAAAUAAUCCAAAUUGGUGAAUUGAAAUGAAAAAAAUUACUUGUUUCAAAAAAUUCUGGCGCAACCAAUUACUUUCAGAAGUCACAUAAUUUGUUAAAUAAAAUCCACCUGUGUACAAUCUAAGUGUCACAUGAUCUGUCACAUGAUCUCAGUAUACAGUGGGGAGAACAAGUAUUUGAGACACUGCCGAUUUUGCAGGUUUUCCUACUUACAAAGCAUGUAGAGGUCUGUAAUUUUUAUCAUUGGUACACUUCAACUGUGAGAGACGGAAUCUAAAACAAAAAUCCAGAAAAUCACAUUGUAUGAUUUUUAAGUAAUUAAUUUGCAUUUUAUUGCAUGACAUAAGUAUUAAAUACAUCAGAAAAGCAGAACUUAACAUUUGGUACAGAAACCUUUGUUUGCAAUUACAGAGAUCAUACGUUUCCUGCAGGUCUUGACCAGGUUUGCACACACUGCAGCAGGGAUUUUGGCCCACUCCUCCAUACAGACCUUCUCCAGAUCCUUCAGGUUUCGGGGCUGUCGCUGGGUAAUACAGACUUUCAGCUCCCUCCAAAGAUGUUCUAUUGGGUUCAGGUCUGGAGACUGGCUAGGCCACUCCAGGACCUUGAGAUGCUUCUUACGGAGCCACUCCUUAGUUGCCCUGGCUGUGUGUUUUGGGUCAUUGUCAUGCUGGAAGACCCAGCCACGACCCAUCUUCAAUGCUCUUACUGAGGGAAGGAGGUUGUUGGCCAAGAUCUCGCAAUACAUGGCCCCAUCCAUCCUCCCCUCAAUACGGUGCAGUCGUCCUGUCCCCUUUGCAGAAAAGCAUCCCCAAAGAAUGAUGUUUCCACCUCCAUGCUUCACGGUUGGGAUGGUGUUCUUGGGGUUGUACUCAUCCUUCUUCUUCCUCCAAACACUGCGAGUGGAGUUUAGACCAAAAAGCUAUAUUUUUGUCUCAUCAGACCACAUGACCUUCUCCCAUUCCUCCUCUGGAUCAUCCAGAUGGUCAUUGGCAAACUUCAGAUGGGCCUGGACAUGCGCUGGCUUGAGCAGGGGGACCUUGCGUGCACUGCAAGAUGUUAAUCCAUGACGGCGUAGUGUGUUACUAAUGGUUUUCUUUGAGACUGUGGUCCCAGCUCUCUUCAGGUCAUUGACCAGGUCCUGCCGUGUAGUUCUGGGCUGAUCCCUUACCUUCCUCAUGAUCAUUGAUGCCCCACGAGGUGAGAUCUUGCAUGGAGCCCCAGACCGAGGGUGAUUGACCGUCAUCUUGAACUUCUUCCAUUUUCUAAUAAUUGUGCCAACAGUUGUUGCCUUCUCACCAAGCUGCUUGCCUAUUGUCUUGUAGCCCAUCCCAGCCUUGUGCAGGCCUACAAUUUUAUCCCUGAUGUCCUUACACAGCUCUCUGGUCUUGGCCAUUGUGGAGAGGUGGGAGUCUGUUUGAUUGAGUGUGUGGACAUGUGUCUUUUAUACAGGUAACGAGUUCAAACAGGUGCAGUUAAUACAGGUAAUGAGUGGAGAACAGGAGGGCUUCUUAAAGAAAAACUAACAGGUCUGUGAGAGCCGGAAUUCUUACUGGUUGGUAGGUGAUCAAAUACUUAUGUCAUGCAAUAAAAUGCAAAUUAAUUACUUAAAAAUCAUACAAUGUGAUUUUCUGGAUUUUUGUUUUAGAUUCCGUCUCUCACAGUUGAAGUGUACCUAUGAUAAAAAUUACAGACCUCUACAUGCUUUGUAAGUGGGAAAACCUGCAAAAUCGGCAGUGUAUCAAAUACUUGUUCUCCCCACUGUAUAUACACCUGUUCUGAAAGGCCCCAGAGUCUGCCACAUCACUAGGAAAGGGGCACCACCAAGAAAGCGGCGCCAUGAAUUCCAAGGAGCUCUCCAAACAGGUCUGGGACAAAGUUGUGGAGAAGUUCAGAUCAGGGUUGGGUUAUAAAAAAAGAUCAGAAACUUUGAACAUCCUACGGAGCACCAUUAAAUCCAUUAUAAAAAAAUUGAAAGAAUAUGGCACCACAACAAACCUGCCAAGAGAGGGCCGCCCACCAAAACUCAUGGACCAGGCAAGGAGGGCAUUAAUCAGAGAGGCAACAAAGAGACAAAAGAUAACACUGAAGGAGCUGCAAAGCUCCACAGUGGAGAUUGGAGUAUCUGUUCAUAGGACCACUUUAAGCCGUACACUCCACAGAGCUGGGCUUUACGGAAGAGUGGCAAGAAAAAAGCCAUUGCUUAAAGAAAAAAAUAAGCAAACACGUUUGGUGUUCACCAAAAGGCAUUGGGAGACUCCCCAAACCUAUGGAAGAACGUACUCUGGUCAGAUGAGACUAAAAUUUAGCUUUUUGGCAAUCAAGGAAAACACUUUGUCUGGCGCAAACCCAACACCUCUCAUCACCCCGAGAACACCAUCCCCACAGUGAAGCAUGGUGGUGUUAGCAUCAUGCUGUGGGGAUGUUUUUCAUCGGCAGGGACUGGGAAACUGGUCAGAAUUGAAGGAAUGAUAGAUGGCGCUAUAUACAGGGAUAUUCAAGAGGGAAACCUGUUUCAGUCUUCCAGAGAUUUGAGACUGGGACGGAGGUUCACCUUCCAGCAGGACAAUGACCCUAAGCAUACUGCUAAAGCAACACUUGAGUGGUUAAGGGGAAACACUUAAAUGUCUUGGAAGGGCCUAGUCAAAGCCCAGACCUCAAUCCAAUUGAGAAUCUGUGAUAUGACUUAAAGAUUGCUGUACACCAGCGGAACCCAUCCAACUUGAAGGAGCUGGAGCAGUUUUGCCUUGAAGAAUGGGUAAAGAUCCCAGUGGCUAGAUGUGCCAAGCUUAUAGAGACAUACCCCAAGAGACUUGCAGCUGUAAUUGCUGCGUGAAUAGUUAUGCACGCUCAAGUUUUAUAUUUUUGUGUCUUAUUUCUUGUUUGUUUCACAAUAAAAAAUAUUGUGCAUCUUCAAAGUGGUAGGCAUGUUGUGUAAAAUGUUGUUUAAUUCCAGGUUGUAAGGCAACAAAAUAGGAAAAAUGGGGGGUGAAUACUUUCGCAAGCCACUGUAUAUAUAAAUACAUACACAUACAUCCCGGAGGGGAUGGCUGCAGUUUUAUGGACUCUUAACCAACCGUGCUAUUUUGUGUGUCUUUUCGCAUUGUUUGUAACUUAUUUCGUACAUAAUGUUGCUGCUACCAUCUCUUAUGAUCGAAAAGAUCUUCUGGACAUCAGAACAGCAAUUACUCACCUUGAGCUGGACGAAUAAUUGUUCUUUAAUGAUUCUGACGAGAGGGAUUUGCCCCAGACACCCGACAGGGCCCUCAUCGCUGUCAUUCUCAGUAGAAAGAAAAGGAGAUAUCGCAGAAGGAGAUAGGGGUGCCUGGUAUGGAGCCGACAAGUGGCUAAUCUGCCUUUGCCAUCGAUACUAUUGGCCAAUUUACAAUCGCUUGAUAAUAAAGUGGACGAACUACAAGCACGUAUAUCCUACCAACGGGACAUUAAAAACUGUAAUAUCUUAUGUUUCACCGAGUCGGCGGCGGGUUAUACACUGUAUCGGUAGGAUAGAACAGCAGCCUCUGGUAAGACAAGGGGUGGCGGUCUAUGUAUAUUUGUAAACAACAGCUGGUGCAUGAUAUCUAAGGAAGACUCAAGGUUUUGCUACCCUGAGGUAGAGUAUCGCAUGAUAAGCUGUAGACCACACUAUCUACCAAGAGAGUUUAUCUAUAUUCUUCGUAGCUGUCUAUUUACCAUCACAAACCGAUGCUGGCACUAAGACCGCACUCAAUGAGGCGGCGCUCCUAGUGGCCGGGGGCUUUGAUGCAGGGAAACUUAAAUACAUUUUCUCAUUUCUACCAGCAUGUUAAAUGUGCAACCAGAGGGGAAAAAAUACCACCUUUACUCCACACACAGAGAUGCGUACAAAGCUCUCCCUCACCCUCCAUUUGGCAAAUCUGAUCAUAAUUCUAUCCUCCUGAACACAACUGAUUGGCUCAAACGCAUUAAGAAGGAAAGAAAUUCCACAAAUGAACUUUUAAGAAGGCACACCUGUUAAUUGAAAUGCAUUCCAGGUGACUACCUCAUGAAGCUGGUUGAGAGAAUGCCAAGAGUGUGCAAAUCUGUCAUCAAGGCAAAGGGUGGCUAUUUGAAGAAUCAAAUAUAAAAUAUGUUUUGAUUUGUUUAACACUUUUUUGGUUACUACAUCAUUACAUACAGUUGAAGUCGGAAGUUUACAUACACUUAGGUUGGUGUCAAUCAUUUUUCAACCACUCCACACAUUUCUUGUUAACAAACUAUAGUUUUGGCAAGUCGGUUAGGACACCUACUUUGUGCAUGACACAAGUAAUUUUUCCAACAAUUCUUUACAGACAGAUUAUUUCACUUAUAAUUCACUGUAUCACAAUUCCAGUGGGUGACAAGUUUACAUACUGUCACGAUUUAACUAGAUAUGAACCCAAAUGCAGACAACUACACCGAGCCAGAGAAGGUUUAACAGGUUUAUUUACAAAAGUUCAAUUUGUCCAGGUUUCCAAUAAUAGGGGAAGAGCAAGUCCAGGUUAACAGGGAGGGUAACAGAUCCAGGUUCAGAGCAGGAGUGGUACCGUAACGUCCUAGUGUCCGUGGUGAGUCCAAAAGGAAGGUCCGGUAGUGGUAAGCAGGAUGGUGGUGGCAGGAGUGAAGCGGAGGCAGGAGUCAGGUUCCAAUAAUCUGUGGCACAGGAGAAAAGUAACUAGAACAGGCCAAAAACACAAAGGGCAAAAACAAGCAGGUUGAGUCAACAGCGAAACUAACAUGGUAGUCUUGACUAUGAUCUGACGAUGAGUGGCAAGUUUGACCGGGUCUUAAAGGCUGAGGUGAUUAUGGUGAAUGAGCUGCAGCUGGAACCCUGACUCCCGCACACCAGACUUCACUCCUGCAAUCAAGGACAGACAGAGGGGAGGGAGAGAGCAGAGAGAGAGCUACCUAGCAGCAGUAGGCCUAACACAUACACUAAGUUGACUGUGCAUUUAAACAGCUUGGAAAAUUCCAGAAAAUGAUGUCAUGGCUUUAGAAGCUUCUGAUAGGCUAAUUGACAUCAUUUAAGUCAAUUGGAUGUGUACCUGUGGAUGUAUUUCAAGGCCUACCUUCAAACUCAGUGCCUCUUUGUUUGACAUCAUAGGAAAAUCAAAAGAAAUCAGCCAGGACCUCAGAAAAAAAAUUGUAGACCUCCGCAAGUCUGGUUCAUCCUUGGGAGCAAUUUCCAAACGCCUAAAGGUACCACGUUCAUCUGUACAAACAAUAGUACGCAAGUAUAAACACCUUGGGACCACGUAGCCGUCAUACCGCUCAGUAAGGAGACGCGUUCUGUCUCCUAGAGAUGAACGUACUUUGGUGCGAAAAGUGCAAAUCAAUCCCAGAACAACAGCAAAGGACCUUGUGAAGAUGCUGGAGGAAAUAGGUAUAAAAGUAUCUAUAUCCACAGUAAAACGUGUCCAAUAUCGACAUAACCUGAAAGGCCGCUCAGCAAGGAAGAAGCCACUGCUCCAAAACCGCCAUAAAAAAGCCAGACUACAGUUUGCAACUGCACAUAGGGGCAAAGAUCGUACUUUUUGGAGAAAUGUCCUCUGGUCUGAUGAAACAAAAAUAGAACUGUUUGGCCAUAAUAACCAUCGUUAUGUUUGGAGGAAAAAGGUGGUUGCUUGCAAGCCGAAGAACACCAUCCCAACCGUGAAGCACGGGGGUGGCAGCAUCAUGCUUUGGGGGUACUUUGCUGCAUGAGGGACUGGUGCACUUCACAAAAUAGAUGGCAUCGUGAGGAAGGAAAAUUAUGUGGAUAUAUUGAAGCAACAUCUCAAGACAUCAGUCAGGAAGUUAAAGCUUGGUCGCAAAUGGAUCUUCCAAAUGGACAAUGACCCCAAGCAGACUUCCAAAGUUGUAGAAAAUGGCUUAAGGACAACAAAGUCAAGGUAUUGGAGUGGCCAUCACAAAGCCCUGACCUCAAUCCUAUAGAAAAUGUGUGGGCAGAACUGAAAAAGCGUGUGAGAGCAAGGAGGCCUACAAACCUGACUCAGUUACACCAGCUCUGUCAGGAGGAAUGGGCCAAAAUUCACCCAACUUAUUGUGGGAAGCUUGUGGAAGGCUACCCAAAACGUUUGACCCAGUUUAAACAAUUUAAAGGCAAUGCUACCAAAUACUAAUUGUGUGUACGUAAACUUCUGACCCACAGGGAAUGUGAUGAAAUAAAUAAAAGCUCAAAUAAAUAAUUCUCUCUAUUAUUAUUCUGACAUUUCACAUUCUUAAAAUAAAGUGGUGAUCCUAACUGACCUAUGACAGGGAAUAUUUACUAGGAUUAAAUGUCAGGAAUUGUGAAAAACUAAGUUUAAAUGUAUUUGGCUAAGGUGUAUGUAAACUUCCGACUUCAACUGUAUGUGUUGUUUCAUAGUUUUGAUGUCUUCCCUAUUAUUCUACAAUGUACAAAUAAAGAAAAACCCUUGAAUGAGUAGGUGUUCUAAAACUUUUGACCGUUAGUGUAGUGUCUCACAUUAUUAACUGAUUGAAACACUCCUUUAAUAUACACUACAAAAGUAAGUGGAUACCUGCUUCCAUUCAGCCACAAGAGCAUUAGUGAGGUCGAGCGCUGAUGUUGGGGGCGAUUAGGCCUGGCUCGCAGUCGGUGUUCCAAUUCAUCCCAAAGGUGUUUGAUGGGGUUCAGGUCAGGGCUCUAUGCAGGCCAGUCAAGUUCUUCCACUCCGAUCUCGACAAACCAUUUCUGUAUGGACCUCGCUUUGUGUACAGCGGCAUGUAUAAUGCUGAAACAGGAAAAGGCCUUCCCCAAACUGUUGCCACAAAGUUGGAAGCACAGAAUCAUCUAGAAUGUCAUUGUAUGCUGUAGCGUUAAGAUGUCUCUUCACUGGAACUAAGGGGCCUAGCCCGAACCAUGAAAAACAGCCCCAGACCAUUAAUCCUCCUCCACCAAACUUUACAGUUGGCACUAUGCAUUGGGGCAGGUAGCAUUCUCCUGGCGUCCGCCAAACCCAGAUUUUUCCGUUGGACUGCCAGAUGGUGAAGCGUGAUUCAUCACUCCAGAGAACGCGUUUCCACUGCUCCAGAGUCCAAUGGCGGCGAGCUUUACACCACUCCAGACAACGCUUGGCAUUGCGCAUGGUGAUCUUAGGCUUGUGUGCGGCUGCUCGGCCAUGGAAACCCAUUUCAUGAAGCUCCCGACUAACAGUUAUUGUGGUGACGUAGCUUCCAGAGGCAGUUUGGAACUCGGUAGUGAGUGUUGCUACCGAGGACAGACAAUUUUUACCUGCUAUUGCCUUCAGCACUCUGCGGUUCCGUUCUGUGACCUUGUGUGGACUACCACUUCUCAGCUGAGCCGUUGUUGCUCCUAGACGUUUCCACUUCACAAUAACAGCACUUACGGUUGACCGGGGCAGGGCAGAAAUUUGACGAACUGACUUGUUGGAAAGGUGGCAACCUGUGACACUUAGCUCGUCGGUAGAGGCCAUUCUACUGCUAAUGUUUGUCUAUGGAGAUUGCAUGGCUGUGUGCUCGAUUUUACACACCUGCGGCUGAAAUGGCCAAAUCCACUAAUUUGAAGGGGUGUCCACAUACUUUUGGCCAUGUACUGUAUGUUUCAUACAUUCCUGUAAUGCUACUGCCAAAAUAUUUUGCCUGACUCUUCAUCAUAGAAUCAAAGUAAUGUGAAGCUAGCAUAGCUAAAGCUAACAGCAAUAACUGCCUGGUCUUUGGAGAUUAAAUUCUAGAAUUUUUAGGCUAUGUAAUUACAGAGGAUUUUGGAAAUAAUUAUGGUCUAUUGGCUGUUCUGACACAGUGUCCUAAAAGCAGUUGUUAAUGAAAAUGAAUGUGUUCACUGUUUCAGCAUUCUCUCCUCUCUCCUCCCACCAUGCAUUUCACAGCAACAGGAGACCCGCUUUUUUGGCUUCAGAAACUCCAUCACCAUAGCAACAGUCUUAAAUACCACUUAAAGGGAAAAUUAUUCUCUAUUAUUAGACAUGUUCUUGUACAAAAAUAUGCAUUUAAUCUCUGAGUACAAAAACAAAGCCUAUUUCUGAUCCCUUUGAUGUCAAUAAGGAAAUGAAAGGGUUGGUGUUGAGUCACUGGUUGGUUUUGUUUUUGUGAAUGAGGCUUUCAGGCAGUUUAAGUACUGUUUCACAGCAUUUUAAAUGUCACACAGUCCUCUUAUAUUAAUUAAUUUCUCCUUCUGAAUGAACUUGGGAAAACUUCAAUUUAAGUUUUCUUUAUGACACGUUCAUAACAGUAUCAUAACAAACUGUAUCUGACACACUAUAUAGAAUGAGUUGCACUCUAAGCCAAAUGGUUUGUUCGUCGUGAUGCAUUCUAACCUAGCGGUCGGCUUUCUGUUGUCUCAUGCCACUGCUUUUCACAUUCUGACCAAAGUGCAGUGUGGGUAUCGUAAGCUAACGACGCAAUUACCAGUGCAAGGGCAAUGUGGAGGCUUCAAUAGAAUAGAUCUCUGAUGCAGCUCCUGCUUGUCAAGGUUACAGGAAACUUCUGUGUCAAUGGGAACAGUACGCUGUACAGAUAAUGACAAUUUUAGAGCAAAAUAACAUUGACUCCAUGUUAUCUGUGCUUUUUAAGUAACACCUGUAAUUAAAUGGUGCUACUUCACAUUCUAUGUCUGUCUUUUUAUGCAUGAAGUAUUACCUCUCUCUCUUUCUCUCUUUCCCUCGCUCUCUGGCUCCAUUGUUGCACAUACAGUUUGAGUUUGUCAGGUUGUGUGUAUGUGCAGUAACUCUAACACAGCUGUGAAAUGUAUUCUACAGGGUAUUGAGAAAGUUCCAGUACCUGCUGAACCCCAGGCAGGUGUACAGUCUGGACCGAGGGGGACCCAUGGUGGGGUAAGACCAAUUCAUCACUAUAGACCCAUGGUGGGGUAAGACCAAUUAAUCACUAUAGACCCAUGGUGGGGUAAGACUAAUUCAUCACUAUAGACCCAUGGUGGGGUAAGACUAAUUCAUCACUAUAGACCCAUGGUGGGGUAAGACUAAUUCAUCACUAUAGACCAAUGGUGGGGUAAGACUAAUUCAAUACUAUAGACCCAUGGUGGGGUAAGGCUAAUUCAUCACUAUAGACCCAUGGUGGGGUAAGACUAAUGAAUCACUAUAGACCCAUGGUGGGGUACGGCUAAUGAAUCACUAUAUACCCAUGGUGGGGUACGGCUAAUGAAUCACUAUAUACCCAUGGUGUGGUCACAAUAUAGAUACAGCCCUUGUUCUGAGAUUUGAUCUAUACAGAAAAUAGUUAAAAAUUAUAUGUGUAGAACAAGGUUCCCCAACUGUCCCGUGGGUGGUCUCAUUUGGCCCGCAAGUUUUUUGUAAAAAAAAAGAAAAAAGAAAAUGUCAAUAUUUGUAUUUUAAUUUUUCAUUGUUGGAGAUAAAAGACUGUGAAAACACCAGGAAAUCAGAUCCAAGUGAUUUUAAUUGUACACUACUGGUCAAAAGUUUUAGAACACCUACUCAUUCAAGGGUUUUUCUUUAUUUUCUACAAUGUAGAAAAUAGUAAAAUAAAAAAAAACCUGGAAUGAGUAGGUGUGUCUAAACUUUUGACUAGUACUGUAUUUGGUAGUAGAGUAGAGGCCUGAGGGCACACACUUAAUAUGUUGUGAAAUCUGUUCUGAAUGUAUUGUAAUGUUUUUAAAAUGUAUAACUGCCUUAAUUUUGCUGGACCCCAGGAAGAGUAGCUGCUGCCUUGGUAGCAGCUAAUGGGGAUCCAUAAUAAAUACAAAGUAGAAAAAAAUACAAAAGUAAUUAAGUGUGCCACAAAAGUAUUGCCAUAAAAAAAAAUUGGGUUGAAAGACUGAAAAUUGAGUAAUUGUUAGCGAAAUUCUCGAAAUCUUGGACCCACGCAAAGUUGUUCUAUUUGGAAUUUUCUUCUGUCCCAGAUGGAACUUGGUUGUGCAACAGAAUACAGGCCAGGGUUCACUGGGGUUCAACAUGUAUUUUUACUGAACACAACAUUGGCAGUAAGCUACUGCACCAUCAGACUCUAUCUUCUCUCCUCGACCCUAUAUCUACCCCAUAUCCUCUAUUCUCCAUUAAUUCAGCUGCUCUGCUUUAGAGGUCAAGAGGUCUUAAAAGCCUGUGGAACCACUGUGUUAGAAACAGUACAUGUAAACAAGGACAUGCGCACACACACACAAAAACACACACACACUUCACCCACUUGACACACAAACACGCACACACUUCACACACUUGACACACAAACACACACACACUUCACCUACAUGACAUACAAACACACACCCGAUAUGCACAUCAUCCUAGCCAGAGGAUACCUUGUACCUUGGUUGAGUUGUGCAAUAUGGAACAGUUCAUUCGGGAGAAAUGCCCUACACAGCAACAACAAACAUGAAUGCUAUCUCCUGAGAGUGGCCAAGUUCUUCUAUCCCUGCCUCCCCCUCCCCCCCCUCCCCCUCCCCCUCCCCCUCCCCCUGGCUCCCCCUCCUACUCCCCCUGCCUCCCCUUCCUACUCCCCCUGCCUCCCCCUGGUAGUUGUUAUUAGUCGUGAUAAGUUGCACUACCUUUCAUAACGAGAGCAGUGAAGAAACUGGCGAUGGUGUGUAUGAGGUAGUAGGAUGGAGGGGAACAGUGGUUUGUGCAUAUGCUGUUUUAUUGUCAUUUAAUGUCAACCAUCUUUGAGAGUUGAAUCUUAAUGAGGGAAUAGCUUGGUUAUGAAAGUGAUGAUGCUUGACAGACAACCAUACAGUAUAUCAUCAGCACAUGGACGUGUGGCGGAUCAAUCUGAUAUUAUGACAGCCAAGUUAUCUUUUUUAAUCUUUCUUCAUUCUCUUCUCUUGUGUUACUCCUCCAUUGUUGGCCAUACGUACAACACUUACAAAGGCAUAUUUAUCAGGCCAUUAUGGAUACAUAUCUCAAUAUGUGCAGCUAAAGACAGGCCUAAUUUAGUCUGGCUGUAUAGCAUAGCAGACAGGGUAAAUAUAGACCCAGACAAGUUCUCCAGCGCCGUUACCAUGGGCACCAUGGCAACAGCCUCAGUCACCACCAGGCUUUUAGACAAGUGGCAGAAUGAAGGUGAGUGAUUUGUUUAGAGAAUACAAUUAGUUGUUUUGUGUAGAUUAAGAGUGAGGUCUCUCUCAUUGUUCCUGUUAAUGCAGAUCCUCAUUUGGCCCUGUUGUUGAUACACUUUCUCCAACUAAGCCCACAUGCAUAAAACAUUGUCACGAAUUGUCAAGCCUCAUGCGGUUAGGUUAAAGGAUAUUAAUGUUUAAUGUUGACGUGCAACUGUUUUGUUAAAUGUGAUACAUACCCAGAUCGGUGCUGUAGCUACAGAUUUCCCUGAAGUGCUGGCAUGCUGGUGUUGUGCAUCACUGAGCGUUAGUGCAGUUCACCUCAAUGACCAGGUGAGACAGCUGUCUGUCACACUGGUGUCACCAGCCUUGUCAGUGGUACGCACACACACACACACACACACACACACACACACACACACACACACACACACACACACACACACACACACACACACACACACACACACACACACACACACACACACACACACACACACACACACACACACACACACACACACACACACACACGCACGCAUGCACACACACAGCACACGCAUGAACAGAUAUGUGUGUCAUGCAUGCACACACACAGGCAUACAUGGGCACAGGCACACACACACACACACCCACACACCCACACACCAGUGUGAUGUUUGCACCGCAGCUGUUUUUUGGGGACAGAUGAAAGCCCCUGUCAACACCUUUGUCCUGGCCCAGAUGAAAGGUCCCUUUGAAGGUGACACUCUCUGGCCAGGCACCAGUCACUUUAAUGCAUCUCUCGCUCUCUCUCUGUCUCUGUCAAUUCAAUUCAAUUCAAAGGGCUUUAUUGGGAAACAUAUGGGAAACAUAUGUUUACAUUGUCAAAGCAAGUGAAAUAGAGAAUAAACAAAAGUUAAAUAAACAAUAAAACAUUUACAGUAAACAUUACACUCACAAAAGUUCCAAAGGAAUAGAGACAUUUCAAAUGUCAUAUUAUGGCUAUAUACAGUGUUGUAACAAUGUGCAAAUAGUUAAAGUACAAAAGGGAAAAUAAAUCAACAUAAAUAUUCACAAUGGUGUUUGUUCUUCACUGGUUGCCCUUUUCUUGAGGCAACAGGUCAAAAUUAUUGCUGCUGUGAUGGCACACUGUGGUAUUUCACCCAAUAGAUAUGGGAGUUGAUCAAAAUUGGAUUUGUAUUUCAAAUUCUUUGUGGGUCUGUGUAAUCUGAGGGAAAUGUGUGUCUCUAAUAUGGUCAUACUGUCACGAUCGUUAUAUGGAGUAGACCAAGGCGCAGCGUGAUGAACGAACAUGUUUAUUUAUCUUUAGUGAUAAAUACGGACAAUAAACAAAACAACAAACGAUACGUGCAGUCCUACGGUUUAACACAACCGACACGGAACAAACCAAACGGAAACAAGAUCCCACAAACACAAAGGGAAAACAGACAGUUUAAAUAUGGUUCCCAAUCAGAGACAACCAGCCACAGCUGACACUCGUUGCCUCUGAUUGAGAACCACACUGGCCAACAUAGAAAUACAAUACUAGAACACGACAUAGAAACACAAACACAUAGAAACUACACACCCUGGCUCAAAAUAUAGAGUCCCCAGAGCCAGGGUGUGACACAUACAUUUGACAGGAGGUUAGGAAGUGCAGCUCAGUUUCCACCUAAUUUUGUGGGCAGUGUGCACAUAGUCAAAGCUUUCCUUAAUUUUGGAUCAGUCACAGUAGGUCAGGUAUUCUGCCACUGUGUACUCUCUGUUAAUGGCCAAAUAGCAUUCUAUAUGUUUGUUUUCUCAGAAUUUAUCUGGGUCUAAUUGUGUUGCUGUCCUGGGGCUCUGGGGUUUGUAUUUGUGAACAGAGCCCCUGGAACAGCUUGCUUAGGGGACUUUUCUUCAGGUUCAUCUCUCUGUAGGUGAUGGCUUUGUUAUGGAAGGUUUGGGAAUCGCUUCCUCUUAGGUGGUUAUAGUAUUGAACGUCUCUUUUCUGGAUUUUGAUAAUUAGCGGGUAUCUGCCUAAUUCUGCUCUGCAUGCAUUAUUUGGUGUUUUAUGUUGUACAAGGAGGAUAUUUUUGCAGAGUUCUGCAUGCAGAGUCUCAAUUUGGUGUUUGUCCCAUUUUGUGAAUUCUUGGUUUGUGAGCGGACCCCAGACUUGACAACCAUGAAAGGCAAUGGGUUCUAUAACGGAUUCAAGUAUUUUUAGCCAGAUUCUAAUUGGUAUGUCGAAUGUUAUGUUCCUUUUGACGGCAUAGAAGGCCCUUCUUGCCUUGUCUCUCAGAUCGUUCACAGCUUUGUGGAAGUUACCUGUGGCACUGAUGUUUAGGCCUAGGUAUGUAUAGUUUUUUUGUGUGCUCUAGGGCAACGGUGUCUAGAUGGAAUUUGUAUUUGUGGUCCUGGCAACUAGAUAUUUUUGUCUUACUGAGAUUUACUGUCAGGGCCCACGUCUGACAGAAUCUGUGCAGAAGAUCUAGGUGCUGCUGUAGGCCCUCCUUGGUUGGGGACAGAAGCACCAGAUCAUCAGCAAACAGUAGAUAUUUGACUUCAGAUUCUAGUAGGGUGAGACCAGAUGCUGCAGACUGUUCUAGCACCCUCGCCAAUUCAUUGAUAUAUAUGUUGAAGAGGGUGGGGCUCAAGCUGCAUUCCUAUCUCACCCCCCGGCCCUGUGGAAAUAAAUGUGCGUGUUUUUUGCCAAUUUUAACAGCACACUUGUUGUUUGUGUACAUGGAUUUUAUAAUGUUGUAUGUUUUUCCCCCAACACUGCUUUCCAUCAAUUUGUAUAGCAGACCCUCAUGCCAAAUUGAAUCAAAAGCUUUUUUGAAAUCAACAAAGCAUGAGAAGACUUUGCCUUUGUUUUGGUUUGUUUGUUUGUCAAUUAGGGUGUGCAGGGUGAAUAUGUGGUCUGUCGUACGGUAAUUUGAUAAAAAGCCAAUUUGACAUUUGCUCAGUAUGUUGUUUUCACUGAGUAAAUGUACGAGUCUGCUGUUAAUGAUAAUGCAGAGGAUUUUCCCAAGGUUGCUGUUGACGCAUAUCUUUGUUAUAGAGUCAAAAAGAUUGGAGAAGUGGUUUAUCUAUACAUCUCUGUUUUGGAUAGAUAACUCCUCGUGUUGUUGUUUGUUUAGUGUGUUCCAAUUUUCCCAGAAGUGGUUCGAUUCUAUGGAUUCUUCAGUUACAUUGAGCUGAUUUCGGACUUAUUUUUCCGUAGUGUAUUGCUGUAUUGUCUCUCUCUCUGUGUGUGUGUGUGUGUGUGUGUGUGUGUGUGUGUGUGUGUGUACUUGUAUAUUUACGUAUUUAUGUAUUUAUGUCUUCCCAGGCUCAACUUCUUCCAUGAUGUCCCUGAUUUCCAGGUGCUGGCGUGUGGAGGGGACGGGACAGUGGGAUGGAUCUUAGACUGCAUUGGUGUGUCUUAAUUCUAUUGGAUUAAACCCAUGUAUUAUACAUGAACACAGUCAAAUCUGUCCACCUUUAUAGCUGUGAGUGUGUGUGUGUGUGCCUGAUAAGCAUAGGAGACUAUAACACUAUACUGUACAGUACUCUGGUUAAACCUUAAUGUUUUUCUCCGAAUUCUAAUCAUUAUCUUAUCGUUAUCUGUCCAUCUGCAGACAAGGCCAACUUCGCAAAAGAUCCCCCUGUGGCUAUCCUCCCUCUGGGCACAGGGAACGACCUGGCAAGAUGCCUACGCUGGGGCGGAGGUGAGAAGCUGUGUGUGUGUGUGUGUGUGUGUGUAUGUAUGUGUGAGUGUGUGUGUACAUAGAUCGCAGUGCGAGUAUUCUUUUACUUCUACCUAAUCACUGAAAGCUCCCAUCAGCAAUAUUUUCCUCAAUAUCUUCACAAUGCACCUGUCGUGUCCUCGUGGUUCUAAACCAGUGAAGGCUGGUGGGAGGAGCUAUAGGAGGACAGGCUCAUUGUAAUGGCUGGAAUGGAAUUAAUGGAACGGUAUCAAACACAUCACACAUAUGGAAACCACAUUUGACUCCGUUCCAUGAAUUCCAUUCCAGCCAUUACAAUGAGCCCUCCUCCUAUAGCUCCUCCCACCAGCUUCCACUGUUCUAAACCCAUCCUCAUAGAGCUAAUUUGAAAGUGUUCUAUAAUGCAAAGCAGAGUUCCUAUAUAAUCCCUGCUCGCCAUUGGCUGGGCCUGUUUUUGGGCCAAUGAUUGCGACCCUGAUUAUGACAGACUGCUUGACCUGACCCUGGCUUGUGUAGAGUAAAGACCAACCGAGCACUUUAGCCAGGCAGCAGGCUUAUGAUCUGAUAUUUGUAAACUAAAUGGACAGUUAGUUCCCAGGGGCUUUUCGACCAAGCACCAGUUUAAUAUAUUAUCUUCUCGAAAAAUCUUUUAAAAGCAUCUGGAUUGUUUCUGUGAAGACAUUAAGUUUUAUGACCAUAUUUACAGAUAGUACAGUAGUAGAUUCAGAAGCUGGAACUGUGAGUGACGUACUGUAUCACAGUGGUCUGUGUGUAGAAACAUAUUGCACAUGCUUUUUAAUUCCUAGCAUAGUAAACCAAUCAUCCAAAUUGUGUUUGGUGACAGAAUCUCCUAUCGAUCUCCUGUUAACUGGCAGAUGUUAUACGAUAGAUGUUAUGGGCCUGUUUUGUAACUAUAUAAGUCAGGACUGGGCUGUAUGUAAGUCUAUGUGUGCAUCACGUAUAGUGAAAUAUGCUUGUAUGCAAACAUGAAAGAGCAUGCUAUUGUGUCAUAAGUAGUCGGUGAGCUUUUUGUUCAAUCUUCAGUGUAUAAAGUAGGCUAAUUGGCUUCUUACAUUACAUCAUCAUUGCUUUUUCCCUCUGUGAUUUAGAAAAUGCUCAGACUGUUGGAGAGCACGUGAGGGGAAAUGCGUGUCAUCACACGGGCCAUGGCUCUGUGUCAACAUCCCCUGAUGCAGACCUGGGUUCACAUAGUUUUUGAAAAAUCAAGCACAGUUCCAUUAUUUGAAAGAUUUCAAAUACUAGGUGAACCCAGGUCUGGAGCACAGAAGGGGGAACACGUGUCAUCACACAUGAACCCUGGCUCUCAGGACGGGUCGCCAUGUGAGUGUUAAAGUCCCCUGGUGCUCUGAGUGAUGGGUCCUCAUUAGACACUCACGCCUCCAUGACAGCCACUGGUGUAACGCUAACACCCCGGCCCACCUCUCAGCAGUACUGAUCACAGACAUCAUUAGAGUCAUUGUUGUUCAGACCCACUUGGUCUCCAACACAGAGGACCCGCUUACCGGAGCCCGCCAGGGGUUGGGGGUUCUAUCCCAUGGCACAGUAUAAUGAUGACCCUAUUGUGUAUGCCUCUACUCUCUACUUCUACACUCUAAAAAAUGCUAGGUUGUUUGGUUGACUCAACUGCUGGGUUGUUUGGUUGACCCAACUGCUGGGUUGUUUGGUUGACCCAACUGCUGGGUUGCAGGCGUUGGUUCACUUGGUUUGUUGAUGCUGGGUUAUUGAGACGUGACCCAGCGGAUCAGAUCAGAAGACUAGAGGCAAGUUUAGUAGGGGAGUGGCUUUCAGAUAGUUAUUUUUAGCCAACCCUAAGAGUAAAUGUCAUUCAUGUUCAUCUAUUCUGUUGUAUAGUUAUCACAUGUUAAGGUUGAACAUUGACAUUUUUGUAGCUUCAAUCAGGCUUACAGAAGUGUAUGAAUUGCCUUAAAGCUAAUGCAUAUCCCAUUGUUGGGAAAGAUACCACCUUAUUAUAAUAUGUAAUAAGUAAUCGUAACAUUCUAGAAGAAUACAAGACAAAGGAGAUGAUCGUGGACUACAGGAAAAGGAGGGCCGAGCACGCCCCCAUUCUCAUCGACAGGGCUGUAGUGGAAGCAGGUUGAGAGCUUCAAGUUCCUUGGUGUCCACAUCACCAACAAACUAUCAUGGUCCAAACACACCAAGACAGUCAUGAAGAGGGCACAACAACGCCUAUUCCCCCUCAGGAGACUGAAAAGAUUUGGCAUGGGUCCUCAGAUCUGCUGCUACUCGCUGUUUAUUAUCUAUGCAUAGACACUUUACCCCUACCUACAUGUACAUAUUACCUCAAUUACCUUGACUAACCUGUACCCUGCACAUUGACUCGGUACCGGUACCCCCUGUAUAUAGCCUCAUUACUCUUAUUUUAUUGUUGGUCCUUUUUAUUUUAUUUUUACUUUAGUUUAUUUAGUAAAUAUUUUCUUAAAUCUUAGUUUUCUUAAAACUGCAUUGUUGGUUAAGUAAGCAUUUCACGGUAAGGUCUACACCUGUUGUAUUCGGCACAUGUGACAAAUAAAAAUUGAUUUGAUUUUGGAUUUGAUUUGAAUGUGUAAAAUGCAAAAAAAAAUGAUAUUUUAAUUGCAGUAUGUAAACUUAACAUGAUGAAAAGGAAUGACAUUUACUCUCAUGGGUGGCCAAUAACAUCUAUCUGUAAGCCACGCCUCUUGAAAUAACCAUAGGAUUACAUUAAGAAAGACCCAGCUGCAUGUCAACCCAGCAUGACAGUAAAAAAUACCUAACUGAUAAUUAAAUUAAACCAUGUUUGGAUAAUUACCAACAACCCAACAUGUUGGGUUAUUCACACAACUGGCUGGGUCAAAAUAACCCAACGUGUGUUAUGUCCAAUAUUUACCCAGUGCUGGGUUUCCAAAGAACCCAAAUUGGGUUGUUUUUAACCCAGCAUUUUUCAGUGUACCAACACUCUCUCUCAGAGAGGUCCCGUUCUAUCCCGUACCACAGUUUAAUGAUGGGUAUUUUGUGUACGCCCAUACCGUCUACCAACAGUCUGUCUCAAAGAGGCCUGGAGGUUACAUUUACAUUUUAGAGCGACUUACAGUUAGUGAAUACAUAUAUAUUAUUUUUUUAUACUGGCCCCCCGUGGGAAACGAACCCACAACCCUGGCGUUGCAAACGCCAUGCUCUAUCAACUGAGCUACAUCCCUGCCGGCCAUUCCCUCCCCUACCCUGGACGAUGCUGGGCCAAUUAUGCGCCGCCCAUGAGUCUCCCGGUCGCGGCCGGCUGCGACAGAGCCUGGAUUCGAACCAGGAUCUCUAGUGGCACAGUUAGCACUGCGAUGCAGUGCCUUAGACCACUGCGCCACUCAGGAGUUACGAGUUCUAUCCCGUGGCAGUGUACUUACUUAUUAACUCCUCUUCAUCCCCUCUGGGACAAACGGCCACAAUGAUGACUCUAUUGUGUACACCCAUACUGUCUGCCAUUAGGCUGUUUUGUCAGUCGCAGUGUGAGGGCUUCAGAUGUACUCCCUUGUCACAACUCAAUCUUAGUUUUCUCUUUGCUUGCUUCUAGUAAUCUAAGGCCUCUGACCUCACGUCAAAUGGAAUACAGAAAGCACUAUGCAACUUGAUGAAUACUAGAUCUUAAUCAAUUUAUAAAACUCGUUCUGAGAGCCGGGUCUGACAGUGUGGGUGAUCUUAGUGUGGACGACCUUAGUGUGGGUGACCUUAGUGCGGGUGCAGUGGCGAUUUUAGCAUGUAAAUAUUGGUGGGGCAAAAAAAUAAAAUAAAUGUGGGAUGCAUGCCAGCAAAGCCACUACACAACACAACACUAAACAAUACAUUAAUUGCACUAUAACGGUGACAAACAGUGCCCACAAACUGUUAGGACCUACAUAAAGCUGUCCCAACAGCAGAGUCCCAACAGCAGUCCCAACACCUUACUACUGCUACACCUGGCUAUCAGCGGAGCCUUGUCUGGCAGCAAAACAGUUCAUUCAGCCUCAUUUACUGCCUUUAAAAAAACCAUAACUGAUAUGGCUGACUUGCUUAAACAAAUGUGGUUUCUACUGAUAAUUGAGAUGUACAAACUAUGGCAUAAGGGGAUGACAAGUGGAUAAGAGGCAAUCUGUAAUUUCGAUUAAGACAUUAAUGAGAGAACCAGGAUGGACGUAGUCAAUAUAACUAUUUGUUCAGCACUUUUGAAAUGUACAGCUACAGAAUUCAGAACAUGGGCCGUUUGUCACGCCCUGGCUCUGGGACUCUGUUAUGUUGAGCCAGGGUGGGUUGUUUCUAUGUGUUUUGUGUGCUAGGUUGUUUAUCUAGUUCAUGGUGUUUAUCUAGUUUAUUCAAGCCAAUGGUGCGCAUCGUCAGCCCGGUCCGGCCCGUCCCUGCUCCCCGCACCAAGCCUGUGGUGCGCGUCGUCAGUCCAGCACAGCCCGUGCCUGUUCCACCGGUGCUCCACUCCGGAGCUAGAGCAAUCCGCUCCACCAGUGUUCAGUCCAGCUCCGGCCAGCAGGGCCAGACCGGACCAGGGGCGCUUUGGGGGGUUAGAGAGGGAGUGGGGGUCAUGCCCGGAGCCGGAUCCGCCUCCGAGGAGGAAUGCCCACCCGGCCCUCCCCUGUUCGGUUUAUGUUUGGCGCGGUCGCAGUCCGCGCCUUUGGGGGGGGGGGUACUGUCACGCCCUGGCUCUGGGACUCUGUUAUGUUGAGCCAGGGUGGGUUGUUUCUAUGUGUUUUGUGUGCUAGGUUGUUUAUCUAGUUCAUUUGUUUCUAUGUUGGCCGGUGUGGUUCUCAAUCAGAGGCAACGAGUGUCAGCUGUUGCUUGUUGUCUCUGAUUGGGAACCAUACUUAGGCAGCCUGUUUUGCCACAGUGUUUUGUGGGAUCUUGUUCCGUGUAUGGUUUGUGUCUGUAACCAAGGACUUCACGUAUCGUUUUGUUCGUGUGGUGAAAUAUAAUUAAAGUAUGUUCGCAUUCCACGCUGCGCCUUGGUCCUCUCUGUUCGACGAUCGUGACACCGUUCUUACAGUGUUCUCCCUGUACACCAAGUCAGAACCGUAGGAUAAAUAAAGGGGGCAUAUAAGCAGACAAUGAAAGCUCUUACAAUAUUCGAUGAUUACAUUUCUAAAAAAGAACAGCACCACCGAGUCAGAACAAUUGGCGAAAUUAAGAGGUGAAAAUAGACCAAAUUAUUAGGGUGAGGCACAUGGGCGAGGCACAUGGGCUACUAACAGCUUACAAUAAACACUUAGUAUUACUUUCUUAGCUACAGACAGUCCCUGGCAUAUUACAUAAUUUAUGCAGCAGCAUAUAAGACAUUUUUGGACUCACCUUGUUGUGCUGUGCUCACUUGAACAGGAAGGUGGCGCGGCGGUCCUUCGUGGGCAAAUGUUGUCAUCAAAGAGAAAGAGGCAGAAUUUACAAUUCCGAGUUGGAUGACCGUUCAAAAUGUAUUUUCCCAUUGUUGAAUUUGCGAUUUCCAACUUGUUGUAUAAUGUUCAUGUCCAAUGGCCGAUGAGCACUUACUUACUCUUCAUUAUUUCUCUUCAUAUGACAAGGAUUAAAAAUGAUUUGCCAGUAGAUUGUCGACUUGAUUCAUGAUGAUGACUGCUAGCUAAGAUUUUGAAAGUAAGAUGUUGACAUGAUCAGUCCAAUCAAAGCUCCUGUACAUAUAACGUGAUUUGAAGUCAUUUUAUCUGUGGCCAAUGACCUUGAGCCUUGUUUCAAGGGCACUUCUAAUGUAACUCUAUGGCAGGACCCAAAGGGCUUGAAUCUUCGAUGUCUACUCUUACUAAGGACUUAGACUUGGCGGUGACGUAGUGUCCCCAUGAGUGACAGAACACUGAGCCAAUCACGGCACAAUGCUCCUAUUUUCUGCUGGCUUGCCCCACCUCCACAGAAAGCACUGAGCUAGGCUGAAACACCCGCAUUUUGGAGCUACCAUACCCAAGAAAACAAAAAAGAGACCAUGUUUGUAUGCGGCUUUAUUAACUCAAUGAUAUAUAUAUAUAUUUUACAUUGUUUGCAAACUGAUAUGUGACGUAUUAAUGCCAACAUAACAUGCAACAUGCUUGUAUUUUUUUUUUUCAAAAAAUAUGGCUUUGCCCCACAUGCCCUGAAUGACGGGUCACCACUGUGCGGGUGACCUUAGUGCGGGUGACCUUAGUGUGGGUGACCUUAGUGUGUGAUGGCUGUAUCUCCUUGUGAUAUGUCUCACCCGUCUCUUUGUCCUGUCCUGUAGGUUAUGAGGGAGGCAGCCUGCUGAAGUUCCUGCGGGACAUAGAACACAGCACAGAUAUGAUGCUUGACCGAUGGAACAUCGACAUCGUCCCUGUAGACAAGGAGGAGAAGGGAGACCCAGUCCCCAACAGCAUCGUCAACAACUACUUCUCCAUCGGAGUGGUGAGGGAACAGACUAUGCACACACAGACUCACCCACACACUCACUCACUCACACUCUGUUUAUCAGAUUCACCAGGAAAUGUUUGUUGACAUGCAGAACCAAUCACAUGCAGAACCAAUCACAUACAGAUCCAAUUUUCACCGUCAAAUUCUUAUCCUUAAAAACACUCACACACACAAUCCUACCUGCCUGUCCAUUUUCAGAUCCAAACAUAAGCAGGACAUAGGCCCAGUACUAUGCCACAGUAUGGGAUUGCCUAUACCAGCAGGAGUUAAACAAUUUGCAGAAUCACUGGUGGUUUCUUAGCCUCUCAAGCAGGUUAAUUACUGUUUCCCCUUUUAAAGGGAAGGAACCAGCAUCGCCAAGGUCCCUGUUGCUCAGCAACCCUUUAUCUCUCUCCUCACGAUCCCUGUGUUGAAACAAACUACCAUGAGCUCGCCUCAAACGUAAUACACUAGAGGGACCAGAGGGACGAGGUCAAAUGAAUGCUGUCUCAGUUGUUGUCUUGUUGUCUCUCUGUCAACCCCUGACACUUCAGAUGGAUGUUUCCUAUAUCUGUUAUUAAAGCUACGGUUGCUUAACUGUAACGUGCCUGCAGCAUCUCAUUUGAGGGAAACAAUCCCUUUUAUGGUCUUUCCUGUCUUUAUUUUCUUCAAGCCCACCAGGCAUCAUUGCACGGAAGCCUAAAAAUACACACCAGGAGUAGACAGUGGGACUAAGCUGAAGUGUGAUUGGUACAUAAUAUGUCUGGACCAAUCACAGGUAGGAUGAGGACCAGGGAGGAAGGGGCUAACUUGGCAGGGAUACCAUGCACUACUGUGAUGUUAUGCAACCCGGCCCCCACUAGUCCCACGACUGCCACAUAUUCAUCAGGUUUCUGCCAAACACACGACUCUACCCUCUUGUUACUGCUGCAUUAUGGGUACACCCUAGCCAGCUGGUCCCAGAUCUGUUUGUACUGUAUAGACAACUCCUAUGUGCUAAUACAGCUAAUGCAGCACCAACAGAUCAGGGAUCAGGAACACUUUCAAAAGUAGCUUACUGGUUUCACUACUUGAUCUCAUAAUGGUCAGCAUAUUGCUGACAGAACGGAAAGACAACAUGCUUUAAAUAUAAUGUGGAUUAUAUCAGCAAAUGGCCAAGCCUCUGACCUUUCUAUCUAGACAAUGGAUGUUUCUCCACUAUGUGAUGCCUGUGUCAGAAGGGCCAGGGGAUGCAGGCCAGGGGGUGGCCAGGGGACAAUACCCCCUAUGGGAUUCAGAUGUGGACUGGUGGGUGGUAGUGCCAGUGCCAGGAUGGUCCACACUUUGGUUACAGCCACUGUCUAACAUCUACCUCGGCUGUAGACCCUUUCUAAAGAAGGGCUGGCUACGUUUUAAACUGUUAUUGAUGAUAGAACAGUUAUUUACUGUCCAUUUACAGUCCACUAAAAUGUAUCUAAAUUCUGUGUUUCUCAGAGGACCUUUUAAGCUCAAAUUCUGAUCCCUUUAAAGGAUUCUGUGUUUAUGUAAUCUACUUAUACCAUUGAUAUUACCAUGUUGUAGAUGGCGCUAAUGAUCCAAUACAGCAUGGCAUGGCCCUUACCCAGGGAAACAGAUCGCAUCGCAGUGACUCCAGCAGUCAGGGACAGAUGGCUGCGUAUCUGGCCACCAAUGACACCUGA